AUGGCCUUGGAGUCAGACAGCGACAGAGGUUCAUCAAGAAACGCUCAUGAAAAAUAUCCCCGGGCUGCGUUGGAGCGCAACGGCUACGUGAAGACAUGUGUCACCCCGCUGCACCAGGACGCAGGAAGACAGUCGUGGCUGAGAGUCGCCGUGACAUGGACUCGACGAGGAGUGUCGUCUACUGUCUGCGCUGCCUCCGUCUCCGUUAUUCUCGCUCUGCUGCUCAGAUUGGUCGACUGGGAUGCAGGCAGCAGCAGCAGCAGCAGCAGCAGCGGAAAUAGCUCCGGUUCUAGUCAUUUCGCGGCGGGCUGCGCGGUGGAGCUACUUUUCUCUGUGUGUGACUGCGUCUCCCCUGUUUUUACACUCAUAUGUGCCUUUUUCUGGGUCGGGCUUUAUCUGAUCCGCUGUGGGGUGCUCGUCCGUUCCGCGGUGUUUCUCUUGGCGGUGUGUCACUUGGGCGAAGCCGCGGCGCAGUCGCUCCUGCGCGGUGCCGAGGAGCAGCUGUUCUCUCUCCCCGCGACCCUGGUAGUCCUCAGCUGCCUGGGCAGCGGGGCUUUGCUGGUCGUCCGUCUGCGCCAGGGAGUGUCCAUCCUGAUCUUCAUCGGCGUCAUCAGAGCCGUGUCCCUCGUCUCUCUGAGCAGGGUCCGGACCAGCUGGAGACCCUACCUGGCCUACCUGCUGGGGGUGCUGGGGGUUUUGCUUGCGAGGUAUGCUGACCGGCUCUUGCCGGCCUCAGGGACCAGCGGGACGGGGUGCUGUGGCUCUGUGACCGGGGCGAAGGAGGAGGACAUCCCUGUCUUCAAAAGGAGACGGAGGUCCAGCUCCGUGGCGGCCUCGGAAAUGAUGGCUCACAGUCAGAGCAACAGCAAGUCCCACCGCAGGACUUCGCUGCCGUGCAUUCCGCGGGACCAGGUAAGACUAUUCCAAGUUCGGACCCCUUUGACAGAUCACAGUGAAUGCUUUUAUCUUCCACCAGCUGCACACUUUUUAGUGGCCCUCUAUAUGUCUGCACUGGCAUGUUUGACAGCGUUUACGCGCGGCUUUUCUUAAUGACACCGGGCCGAACGGGACACCAGAACAUGUAAGAACAAGCUUUAUUGUGAUGAGACCAGUGAUUUGUUAGCGGUACAGGCCCUGAACUCUAUUUCUGACCCAUCACCGGUUUCAAAUCUCCAAAAUGACGCCUGAUGUUGGUGCUUUGAAUCGCAACAUCCACAGUUCACCUUCACUGUGACACUGUCCUUAAUUUGGUCAUCAUCGCUGUGUUUGUGCUGCUGAUAAGUAAAAGGCAAGAGCACUUAGCAUGCCUGCUUGAAGUGUCACUGUGCGUGUGUGCGUGUGUGCGUGUAUGUGUGCGCCUAGGAGCCAGCCUAGGUGUGAGGUCAAAUCUAAAUAUUUUGAAAGCGUUUGUUUAUCCUGGGUGCUGACUUGUAGUGUAGUGCACGUGGUUCAUAACUUAUACACAUGAUAGAGCCGAUUUUGAUGUGUGUCCUCGAGCCCCAUCUGGUGUUGCAUGUCGUGGUAAUUGAUAAUGAAUAAAGAUAGCUCUUCUUUUCCUGUUUUAAUUGUGUUCAUAAUGAGGUGUAGGUAGAUCAAUGGGGGUUGAAUGCUAUUUUUAGUAUAGGCCCUGUAUUUUGAAGAGGGUGGAGCAUCUGUGACCAAUGUCUGUCAGUUGGAUGAGAGCAUAAAUCCAUGAAUGAGGUGGAUACAGCCUACUUCACACUGCAUGCUGAUUCAAUAAUCUCACUCUUUGCUCAAAGCCUAUCUUUGAAUGUUAUCCAGAAUGAUACAAAACACCCUUUUACAAUCUGGACACUGAUUUCAGCCUCUGAACAUACUUUCUUACAGUGUGCCGAUGCACAGGGGUGCCGCUACAGCACAGUUGUUAAAUCUCAUACCCCAUACAGAGUUUUUAAUUCUUGUAGCUGGUGACAUAGGUUCAACUCUGACCCUCUGCUGUUUGCUCCAUGUGCAGAAGGUCACUCCUCACUAUCUCCCCAGUUUUUAUUUGGAUCCACUGUCCAAUCAUCUCUAUAGAGGUCUAAAAGCCCCCCAAAAAUAAUCCUUUAACAAUGUUUAGACUGUGAUGAUCUCCAAAUUGUAAGGAUGAGUUUCAGCUGGCUCAAGAAAAUGUCAUUCACCAAGCAGCUGAAACCCAGAUUUAACAGAACAGCUCUCUGUGGUGUGCCCUCUGGAGGUAUUCUCCAGGAGGACACAUUUGGGCUGUCACUUUUUAUCCUAAAUUCAAAUCUUCAGUGAAACUUAUAUUCGUGCUUUGGGUUACCUGAGGUAGCCCGUCCGAAAACUCUUGUCCUCAAUAAACUUUACAGUAAUGUUAUCAGACAAAAAUGGAGGACAUGGUCAACAAUUACGACUCCAAAACAUCCGAGAAGCACAGUGAGGAUGUAUUUUUGGUUUUACACUGUAGAUGGAAAAUAAAGAUAAAGAUAGGGUGGGAGGUCAACUGUGUACAUAGCUGAUAUGAUACUAUGCGAUACAAUACGACAGCCCCAGGACAUGCAGAGUAUAGUAGAGUAUAUUUACAAUUAUGCUCAUAACACAGCUGGAUGCAUCCUCAAACUUACAACAAUACAGCAGUUAUAUAUCUGGUGUAAAGAGAGGCUUUGCGAAUGGCAGAAGUGUAUCCAGGCUAUUAAGUAUGUAUGAGUACAUACAUGAAUGAAUAGCUUUUAUUCACCCUUGAUUUGUCCACUAAUUUUGUUUAUUUUAAUGACCAUCGUUCAAGUAUUUCAAAGCUGUUAUAUUCCUGCAUUUGUUUUAUUUUCUAUAAAAAGUAAUCCAAUAGUCGGAAGACUCAGAAAAAAAGAUGUAUAUCUGAAGAAAUAAUACCAAAAAUUACUAAAAAAAACAGGAAACAUGCUAUGCUAGGAAAGUACAUGCUGCUUGUUUCAUCACAAUCUAGGCAGUUUGUUUUAAGAUGGCAAAUAACCAAUCAAAGAACAGGAUUUUCUGUGGGGCCCAGGCCACCUUUUUACUCCUCUAGGUGAACAGUGAUGGCAGCACCAGGUGCUUUUAUUGUGAUAUGUUGAUAUUUAUCAUGAGCCUGAACUAGCCUUGAGCACUUUUUAUUUUACCAUUUGUUUAGAGCGCUUAUUAUAUUUAUUGCUACUGAGAUGUUGCAAAUAGUACCACAGAAAGUGAAUCUAAAUGUAACUGCCUACCUUAUCUUCAGUGGUGACUCACAAUCCAGUAAUGCGUACUCCUUGAUCUGACAUUUUCUGUCUAAAUGAGUUUGUACAGUUGUCUAUAUGCCAGCUGUGCCUGAUGGACUAGCCUUCCUUAUCUAUGAUAAACAUUACAGCUAAUAGAGGAAAUAACUUUUUGUUUUCUCAUGAUAGCUAGUUAUUUUUGUUGUUAUUAGAAGAUAACAAAGCUCCUUUUCCCUUGAUAAUGAAAAAUAAUAAAUACACGAUCUCCAGAUAAAGGAACUAGACAAAUAAUCCCAGGCUGGGUUGUUUUGCCCUUUCAUAGUUUUCAGUUAAAUGAGAGCUGAAGUCCCUCGCUUACUUAUUUUCCCUGGAAAUCUAUGUCACUACACCACACUAUAAAUUCAGAGGCUACACUUUGCUGUAAAUGUUUUUUGAAAGCUUAUUGUUAUCCCAUCACAACCAUCCCCCUUAGCUGAAAUUGAUCAUCUUACAUUUUCUGUCUCUGGUUUGGUUGUAAUGACUGGGAUAUUCAUCAUAAUAUCUGUGGAGACUGAAUAAGAAAUGAAAGUAUUGCUACAUGUGAGAUGAUGCUGAUGACCCAUACAAAGCUGGGUAGAGCGGGGGGAUCCUCAGGGGUCAACCUUGGUAGGUGAUCUCACUUAAGUAAGACUCAGGUAUGAAGUUCUCACUGAUAACUCGGCUCUGAUUUCUCAGACAGAGGAAGGAAAUGUGAGAAAUACUUCAUAUUAGCUCAUCAGUUCACUUUCUUUGUUUUGAGUGUUUGAGUCCUAAAUUCUCUUUCUCUUGCAAAUCUUUUUAAUUAACAAUUAAUCUCCCUGAAUGUAAUCCAUAAUAUCUAAAUCCAGUCUUAAAGUGUUAGACCAGUUGCCCCUGGCAUCAGUAGCCUGUAGUAGCGAAUACUAAAAGUUUAACAAAUGAGCUUAAAAAAAUGGAGGAAACACUCAACGCUCAAAGUGUGAAGUCAUACUGACUCUUCUUCCAAAUUUCACUCUUAUUUUGAUGCUUCAGAGCUGUUCCCAGACUAUCCAUUUGAUUAAAUGCUUGGCUGUUCAUACCUUAUUGGUAUCCAGGGAACACUGACUGAGUGGAGCGUCGGUCCCAUUAGAACAGCUCCAUUACCUGUCCCACCUCGUGAUGUCUGGAACAGGACUGAUGACUUAUUGAACUUUAAAAUGUUGAAGAAAAAAAACUCCACUUACAAUUAACCAGAUGUUGAGGACAGCGUGUCCUCCUCUGGCUUGUCUGCAUGCCUUAAUCUGUGGAGACCAUCUCGUGGAACAUGGAGAUAAAUGUGGGGGACAGAGACAGAAAUGCAAACACAUGGACUGCACUUGAAGUUUGAAAGUAGUUAAAGAGAAAAGGUCGUCCUGGUCGCACUCUUUGGUUACUGCCCUGUUUCAACUCUAGCUUUCUGCACAAACUAGUUGUCAACUUAAUCCCUCUGCUAGUUUGCUGGAAAACAUUUCUGAGUGGGUAUACAUGACCACUUAUAAUCCUAAUAGAAUUGGAAAAAUGUCCCAAUCAAAAAAAUAACCAAGUAAACAAUCGGAAAACUGCUUCUAUUGGAACCGUGAUUGGAAAAAGAGGGGUGGAUGGAUUAAAUAGUCAUGCAUACACUUGUUCCUGUUAUAUUUUGUUGGCAGAUGCUCUUACUUUUAUCCCUCAUGACUGGAGAUGGUACAAAAAUCCUAUGAAGCAACAUGGUAGAGCGAAACUAGUCGGGGAAUGAAACCAGGGUCCUUUAAGACAUUUGUUUUCAUUAAAAGCCACAAAUGUCAUUACAAUAAGAUGACGGCAGUAAAGCUUCUAAUCCACACGACGAUUGCUUCACUUCCAUCUCCUUUGUAGCGCAGUAUUGUUAUGAUCUCAGAUUGGCGGACUACACUAUGAGUCACACUACUAGGAUGUCAUGCUACUUUGGGUAUAGGGUUGGCGUUUUAAGCAUGGAAAUAAAAGACUGGAACGGGUCACUGCUUGUGUAAAAAAGAAGACAUAAUUUCCAUUGCAAAAGCUUUUAAAAAUGGUUUUGUAAGCACAAGUGUUAUGGCAACCUUUAAUUUAGUGGGCUUUGUUUAUUAAUUGCAAAUGCUUGUUAUAGUGUUACAUUCAUUAGGGGCAUCACAGAAACAUCCACAUGUAAGAAAAAUACGUUUAAAUCAGUAUGUUGGAUAUGUUAUCAAUAAUACAGCUGAGUCUCAUGGGUCCUCAUGUGUAAGCGGUGGCAGCCUGUGGUUAUGUUUUGGGCGUGGGCCAACAAAUGCAUUACACCUAUAGAUAGUUAUUGCAGCUUCAAAAGCAACAUUACACAUGAGUCACCAAGUUACGGCAUGACAGCCCAACACCAUAGAGAAGUGCAUAAUGCCAAGAAACUACCUCUACCUGUCUGUGUUUCUAUCACACGUACCCACACACUACUAUUUCUAUUAGCACUAUUAGUCCUUUUUAACAAAAUACACAACAGUCAUGAAGUGAUGGGUUACAUGAUAGAACAAUAUAGCCUAUAAUGCCAGUAAGAGGGGUUGUUUUUAGUCUUGGGUCCAACUUAUUUGAAAAGAGGUUAUUUUAUGUCAACUGUCCAUCAUAGCUGAAUGGAAGAAGAUAACACGGUAAAAGAAAAGCCUGUGGAAAGAUAUCUUUUACUUUUUUAUCAGCUAUCGGUUCAGUUUGAGUUGAACCCAAAAUUAAAAUAACUAUAAUAAUUGUACAGUUUUUGUGUAACACUGUAUCUUGAUAGGAGGGCUUAGUCCUACCAGCCUGUUCAAACCAUUCAUACCACCUUUCCCUGAAUAUACAGCUGUACCUAAAGUCCCGUUAAGUACUUUAGAUCAAGUCAUAAGUGCACAACCAAUCACUGAUUCAUCAAGUUAUCUAUAAUGAAUUUAUAGUAUGAAACUAAAGUAUUAAACUAUACAAAGAAGAUUCUGGCGGUAAUUUGUUCAAGUGUAAAUUGGUCUAAAAAUUGGAUACAUUUAUAAAGGCAGAAAAUAAGAAGGGAGUAAAAUACAAAGAACAGCACCAUCGCUGUCUUUGGGUUGGAAAAAACUCUUUUAGAUCAGUAAAAUAAUAUUUGGUAGAGAAAAUAUGAGGAUAUGAAAAUGUUGGUUUUGGUGAAUAAACACCAAAUACAGUUAGAUCUAAACAUGACUAGUUUUGUACAUGAACGGUUUUGGCCUCUCUAACUCCUUUAAUCGUAAGUGACAAAUAUAUGCAGGGAUACAUUUUUCAAAUAGCAGCUGAAUGAUGCCACUGAGAUUAUGUUGAUGUUUUAUAUAGUCCAUGAUUUUCACCACCACAUUACUAUUUUGCUCUCCAGCAAAGCCCGCUCUAAGUUGAUUAGUCAGACUCUAUGGCGUCCAGAUCUGAGCUACGAUGAUGAAUGAAUUCAUGCUUCUCGUCACCUUUUUGUGAUGCUGCUGCAAAAACUAGGAUCAGAGAAAAACUCUGCCUCCACUGUUUAAUGUUUUUGGAUCACUUUCUACCUCCCCUGAUGCUUCUGACUACUACUACUAUGUUGUCAAACUACAAUUACACAUGCUCGAAUUUUGUGAGUCACUUGCUCUUAACCAGUCAGUCAUGGAAAAGUUCGGAUUCAGCCACCUUCAUUUCUACCCUCCUCUGUUUUUAUGUUGAGUCUCAACCCCCCUUGUUUUUGAUACAGUUUAUCCAUACUGUAGAUAAUGAAGCUCUCCAGAGUGCAGUUGUACCUGAGAGAAGUGGGGUUUUUCUUCAUACGUCAGCUCUGCAGUAUUUAUGAAGCAGGCUGGUGCAGCCUGCCAAGCCAGAGGCAAGACAGGCACUUUGCUGAGCUUUCAAUUCAAUUUACUUUUUCCAUUUCAAAUGAGCUUUAUUUGCAUGAUAGUCAGAACAAUAUUGGCAAAGCAUAACCAAUAUUACACAUUAAUUGAUAUAUCUGAUUGAUACAAUACAUGCGUUUGAUGAAAUACUGUGAAUAAUUGAAAUACAAAUCAGCAUUAUAUGACAUUAAAUCUACAUGCAGUUUUAUCAUGGUUUCACCCCUAGAGUUAUCUUGAUGAAUCUGGACUUUGAUUCCGUUUUUUUUUUUUCUCUUUUUACAACUAAAAGAGUUCAUUUCUUCGCUGUUGUUCUCAAAUGACCUUAAUGUAAUGAGGGGAAUCCUUUUUUUAGCAAUGGUGGGUCUAAAUAUUUGAAGAUUUUGUCAUGAAUGUGACUCCACAGUGAUCUUUCUGCUCUGGCUCCACACAGAGGAUUUAUGUUUUUGAUAGAAGUUGUUUGUGUUUUGACUGGGGGUCUCAGUGGGAUGGGGAUUUUAGGAGACGGGCCUUCGCUGGUUGUUUUUUGGGUCAAAUGCGAUUGAAAAAACUCACUCUGUACAAGAUAACCACAGCCAGAAAUAGAACGGCCAAUAAAAGCAACAAUAUUUCCAAGGGUCAAGUUGUCCAGUGUUUCAUCAUGCUGUCUCCUGGCGCAGUAGCUCAUUACAGAGAAUCAGUCGCUUGUUUCAGUCAAGGACAUCAAAACAUGGUGGAGUAAUGAUAACUUGCCUCACACUAACCAUGUCAAAACAAGUUUAUUCUCAAUUAAUCUCCAAAUGGAAAUCAGAAUCAUUUUCUGUGUGUGCGUGCCAGAGAAUAAGGAGGGAGCAGGAUGUAAAAGAGGGAACAUGCACUCAGAGAUCUAUUUGAGGGAGGGCCCACAUUCUCUCAUUGACGCAGAUACAUUCCCAGGGAGACGCACAACCUGUUCUGGCUGCCAGAGCUUUGUGACUUUGUGAUGCUCAUUACAUCUUUAUUAGAUAAUGGAGUACUUUGUAUUUUUAAUUACAUGAAAGAGUUAAAGUGACCUUUUCACCGCGGUAAAACAUUAGAUGACUGCAAUUGUAGGAGCCAAAUAUGUUGAUGUGAUACCAUAUUAUGAGUUGCAGUUCACUUUGUGUGCCUUGGGUGUCGCUGUCUUGUUAUCUGGGGCUCAGGGAUAAAGGUAGCCAUGUCACUAUUGAGGGCAGGUGUUUGACCCGGGAGCGCAAAAGGUUUUAGACCACUGUGGUGCUAACUGCCGGCGUUUUCUUGUUUGUUCAGUGUUUGAUAUCUGUUACAAAGUGGAUUUGGUUAUGUUCAUUACAAUACAUUCUUUGUUUGCUGAAUCUGAGGAACAGCGUCUGGACUUUCACUAAUCAUCAAAACUGACAGUAAAACUCAAUGGCGCGGCACGUAAACCAGGUUACUCCAGGUCAAGCAUCUUAGUAGCUUAAAGUAUCAACCUCGCUCCUACAAUAGUAAUGUUUUUCCUUUGUCCAAGAAUGUACGUGAUUUGGACUUUUUUUGUAUGAACGCUGUGUCACUUUAGAUUAAUAAGUUGCUUAGAAGCAGAUUUAAAGUAGUACAUUAGCUUUUAAAUUGUCAUGAUAAAGCAUUUUAUCUGCAUCGCAAGAGCAAGAGCAAGUAAAGAAGUUGCAUCUAAUAAGUUAUCAUGUUAGAAGCUGUGCUGUGAGGUAGGUAGUGGUUGAAGAUUGCCAUGAGGUCGCGGCGCCAUCUACAGGAAAAGUCAGGGGACAUUUUCGAAGUGAAACCGAAUCUUAUUCUCCGCAUUUUAUUUCUGAAAAUAUCGGUGAAAAUUGUCGAGUUUUGGUCGAUUACCGAUUAGUCUCAAACGGGCUAAAAUUGGCCGAUUUAAUCAGCUUGCCCAUAAAUCGGUCGGAUCCUAUUAAGAAUGUAAUUAAUGAACAACAACUCCCCUACAAGUUAUUAAUAAGCUGUUAUCAUGAGGGAAACUCUUAGUUGAUUGCUCAGUAAAUGUAGAAUAUGGUUAUACAGAAUAAUGUAUUAAUAAAUGCUUUGGAAUAAGUAAUUUAGAGACAGUCUGCUCUUAAUAACUAUGAAUAAUACUUAUAACAUAAAUGCUACUUAGCAACUAAUUAAUCGCAGAUGUUUCCUGUUUAGAAGUGUAACUAUAAACACUGUUGUCAGGGGAAUUAUGACUAAAAAACUUGAUUGAAACAUUGAAGAAUGAACAUUAGUCUGCAGUUUUGAUUUGUGGUGAUGUUGACUUUUGUUGUUUGUGGAGGCAAACAGAUACAGACUGAUCGUUUACACACAGUCAGUUUAAAUGAUAAAGCAAAAUCAUUCACAGUUGACACCAGAAUUACUAGUCAGAUUAAAAAGAUAACAUUUUAUGGUUGUUGGACUGAAAUCCUGGACAUGUGUUGUGCCUAAGCUGCAGUGCAAUGAUGCUACUAUGCUCUACUGCAUGGAUGUAAACAAGCACCAAUGACAGAGAGCCCUUUAAAACUGGUUGGCUGUGUUUUGAGCCAUAAACUGGAGAUGCAAUUGUUGUUAAUAUUUGAUGAGGAAAACACAAAAAAGGGGGCAGUUCAGUGGCGCUGAUGACGCCCACACCUUUGCACCAAAUUCAGGCGUAAAUAUCACAGUAUAAAAAUAGUCAAUCUUGUCGCUGAUGGUCUGAGUUGCUUUUGUAUAUCAUUAGAAAUCAUUAAAGUUUAUUUCAGCCUAUUUCAUUAAUGUCCAAAAACUUUUAUAGAUUUGAAAGAGAGAUAAACUAGUAGAGAAUAGGAUCAUAAAGAUGGGUUAAAAGUAGAAGUGAUUGAAAGAGAAGAAUAAACUGGUAUGAGCACAAGCUGCAUCCAGCCUCAAGCUGCCUUGAAAUAGCCAAAUGUGUGUGAGGGAGAGAGGAGGAAGAGGAGGAGGAGGAGGAGGUGGAGAGGGGAAACCAGCUUGAGGGGAGCUAAUGCAGGAGCUGCUGCGUGAGAGAGGAGCAGAGAGAGGAGGGAGGGAGAGUGUUGAAAGAUCUGCUGGGAGGGAAAGAGGGGGGAGUGAGAGGAGGACGGCUGCCAAGCACAGCAGAAGUGUUGAUGGUAAGAGGACAAAUAUCUAUCUGGUCCCUGUGUUCAAGCACUCAUUGCUGCUCUAAACACACACACACAAACACACAUGCACUUUCGCACAUUCACUAACACACUGCUACGGCAAGUUUAUGCCCAUUACAUAUGGUUUGUGUGACAGAUAUUAUGUGUGUUUUCGUGUUUGUCUCCACAUAAUGUGAAUAUGGCUUCACGCCACAUGCUCCCACUGAGAGGAGAGGACCGGGGGGAAGAGAGGAGCCAAAAAAAAGUGUGUAUAUGAGAGUGGCCUCCGCUGCUCGCUACUGAAAGGCACCAGCAAAUAAUUUUAACCUAGUCUGGCCACUACUGUAUACACGUGCUCUCUCACAUGCACACACACACAUACAUAUACACACAUGCAGUGGCUUCCCUGCUGGCUCUCCAAAUGAGGUUUGGUGGCCUUGGACAAGGAUUGCCUUGUUACUCGAUUCAAUGGUGUGUUUUAGCUCCAAAAUAUGCUUGGUGAGAGGUGAGAGAGGGGGGAGGGGGAGAGUUGUCGGUCCAGGCGGGGGGGGGGGGGCAGCAGAGUCUGGAUGUGUCCUGUAUGUCUGUGUGUAUGUGUGUCUGUUUUUCCCAUGCAGCAGACAGUCAGCAGGUGGGAGUUGUGAAUGGUAUGCUUGGGCUCAUUGGUCAGAGUGUGUCACUUUAUGAUCAUUUCCAGUUUGAACUUGUCGAAAUUCCUGUUUUAUUUACUUUAACAAGGGAAUCCUUCAUUUUCCAGAUUCAGUGUAAACACAGGGCAGAGGCAGUUUGGGAAUCUGACAUUUGUUUUUGUUUUUUCGUUUGUGAUUUUGUUCGUUUCCAUCCAUGAUAACAACAUUGCUCCCCACCGCUCAGUCUGACACCUUGUUUGCUGACUAAAUGUAACCAUAGACUGUAUAUACUAUGGACAACUUGGUUCUGACUCCCACCAGUAUACAGAUUUGAAGCCAAAAAGCUCUCGGUCAUUCCAUUAUUUUUUUCCACUUCCUGAAACCAACAUUGUGCAGUAGCGUUGUACAAAUUCGGUGGGAGAGUCGCCGAGAGUUGCUGUGAUGACACUCACUUGUUUUUAACACCUGCACAACAGAUUUGUUUACAUGUGGUUGUAUUGUUUCCUAUAGUAGCGUUGCUCUGCUCUAUAUUUGUAGGAGUAGAUCUUUUUGAGCACUGAAGAUUCUUACAAUUUGCACAAUAAGGAAUGUCAUUUUAUUUAAAUUUCUAUUUUUUAUUGUGUUAAUGUUUAUGCCACUUGCACAUUACUUUGUACUUUGUUAUUACUAGUACUAGUGUCGAUUACCUCUGGCUCUUUUAAGGCCCCAUCUUUUAUUUUUUAAGCUUGUCGUUCCUCUGUUAUUUAAGGUUAAGGAAAAGUUCAUUCUGCAUGUUAUUUCGAUUGUUUUUUUUUUUCAAAAUAAAACUGUUAAACGAUUUCAGGGCAUGUAUAAGUACUUUUUCAACAUUUUGAACAUAUUUCCAUUAUACCAUGAUAAUGAUAACCAUUGUAAUUUUGGUCACAAUAAUCGUGAUGUUAAAUUUUCAUAUCGUUACAUCCCUAUUUAUGCCCUAUACUGCAGCCUGUCACCGGAGGGUGCUGUUCUCAGAGUGGCUUCAUCCAGUGAGGAGGCAGACUCUGUCCAUUCUAUAUACAGUCUAUGAAUGUAACCUACUGUUUGAGAAUUUUUACUGUCUGGAGAAAAGCUACUCAAAUAAUGAGAAGGUACUUGGUCCUCUUCCUUGGUAAUCGCAGCCUGUACAAUAUAUUUGGCCUACUGCUCAUAAAAGCCCCAUAUAUGCAAAAACCUCUUAUCUUUACAAGAUUUGAUGAGUUUAUUCUGCAAAGCUAAAAUGUGUGUUAAAAAAAAUGAAGACGCGUGCGGGCUCAACAAAUGUUACAAAUGUUGUAUUACAGUCAUCUGCUUCGAUGUCUCAGUUGCUUCCUGUUAUUCCUGGAAAACUCUCCUCUGUUUUAACUUUAAACACACUCAUGCAAACAAGCAGACACACACAUGGAGACAAGUUCAUUCUUUCAUCAUUGCUUUCCUGCUUGGUGAUCACUACAUUUACGCAUCACUGAGCUCGAUCUCAAACACAGGUGUGUGUGUGUGUGAUCGGCGUGUGUGCGUGUGCACCAUUGUGGUUUAUGCUAGGUCAACAGUUGGCCCGCAGUGUGUUUGUCUUGGACGCCUCCAGCCAGGCUGUAGAUUACCCAAUCAGAUAAUCAAGGGUAUAAUUACAUCACAUGCAUGUUUUUCCCCUCCAUUAUCUCUCAUAACGCACACGUACAAGUUGCACUCACACUCAUACACACGCACGCUGCAGACACACAUUGAUGACGUACAUCCAGCAGCUAAUUGCCAGAGGUUGUCUGUUUUGAGAGACAAUAAGUUCCCCCGCGGUCUCAUCUGCUCAUGAGGAUGCAGCUGCUUUGUCUUUCAGACACUACUUUGUUACCCUUGGACACUGCUGCAGUACAGACUCAGACCCCACAGUAGUAUCUGAAGAAUUUCUCUCAUUUUUUGGAGAAAAAUAUCAAUACUGACUUAAUUAACUGAUGCUGAUUGAAAAAGAAAAAAACACUCCCCUGAAUGGUAUUUUUUCUUCAGUUCCAAACUAGAGAUACACCCAUUAAUCGGUCUGCAGAUAAGUCAGGCUGAUAAAUCACAGUGCAAAGCAGCACCGCCGGACAGCUGGAGUCAUGAGACAUAGGAUUUCAAAUUUACUAAUGUGGGACCUCUGGGACCGAUUUAAACUUGAUAAAAAAUGCCAUAAUAGGGUACCUUUAAAUACAGAAUCAGGGAUUUUCUACCUCCAUAAUGUGCUCAGACCUGUUACCUCUGACUUCUGACCUGUUGAUUCCAGGACUGGCCUAGCUCACCAUCACAGUCUUACCGUGCAGUUUAGCAAAACAUAAUCAUCAUCAAAGGUUUUUAUUAUUUUGAAUUUUAACCAUAUGUUUUAAAGGAAUAUUCCGGCGUUAAAUUAAUUUAGAGUCAAACACACCAUAAUGAUAAUUUCUUUAUUGUUUCCUUGAAGUAAUAAUCAUCAUAUUAAUCAUUUUGCACUGCAGAUGCAGUAGUUCCUCUGCCUUAGUAUCUCGGUCUGAUUGCAUUUCCAUGAAGAAAUGAUCAUAAAUGUUCCUCCUUGAGCUGGUCUGUAAGUCUGUAAUGGACUUGCCUGAGAUCUCGCUACAAACAAGCGGCUGCUGGAAGAGAGUAGGUGAGUUGUGUUUAGUCUCUUUGUUAUAGAAAUUAGGCAAAGCUAAAAAGAUGUUUGGUGGCUAGUGCUGUGGCUGAGACCCUAUAUGUACUGUUGAUGAAGUUAGGUGCUGUUCUGAGCAUUAUUUGUGGCUAAAGAGUGGCGUUUUGGCUGAGGUUUGUUUAUAGCUCCUCAGACCGCUGUGUAUUGCUAUCGUGCGGUUGUUACUUAAGUUGUUAUAACUAGAGAAGCAAGCGGUCAGCAACAUUCAUCUCUCUGGGGUGGGGGUCUAACCCAAAACAAAUCUGGUAGAAUUUAGGUGAAGGAAUUAAACUAUCACUUGUAGUCUAUCAAUUUGUAUGUGAAAUUUUCCUUUCUCAGAUUUUAUUCUGUACUGUUUGUACUGGAGAGGUGGAUACAACCAAAUAUGUAUUUAAUUUUUUAAGUAUUUUAAUAAAUCAAAUGUCUGAUUGUUGCUAUGUUUAAAUUUCAGCUCACUUUAAGCUUAUUCUAAUCAAUAUUUUCAUCAGGAGGUCAUGUUCAGGUCACAUGCAACUGUAGUCAAAAUAUCCUCACCCUCGUUUCCUCUUUGCAUCUCUUCCAUUCUCUCAGACUCUCACUGCCUCCUCGUUCCCUCCUCCUUUUAAUUGCUUUUUUGUUUUCCUGUCCCGCUCUGUUUUCUCUCCCACUCACCCAAUUUCCUCUCUGUCCAGUUCGCACAGGAUAAAUGCCAAAAGCUGUAUUUUCUAGGUCCCCGGCUGCCGUCACUCACUGUGUGUGCCGCCAAUAUCCGUGUUUGUCUUUUUAGUCAGAUGUUAAGAUGAAAUAAAAUACAGUUUAAAUGGAUUUUGUUGUUUAUCAUCCCCAUUCUGAGUCUUUAUUUGAUAGAUGAUCAUGUUUGAAGUUUUGGAGGUUUGCUUUGUGGGGUGUAAACAGGAAGUGCCAGGAUGUGAUUUGUUGUGUGUUUUUGGAAUUCUAGGUUUUCUAACUUAAAGAUUGGAAAAAGUUGAUGGGUUGAUAAAAUUGGAGCUGAGGGAAACAUUAGGAAGAGACAACUGAGACAAGAUUCUUCCUAACAUAGUCAGGCACCUGUCUCUAACAUCGUUUUACAAGUUUAUCAUUUUCUACAGUAGUUUAUUGCAUUCUCUUUACACUCAUUGGCCACUUUAUCAGGUACACCUUGCUAGUACUGGGUUAUACCUCCUAUUUCCUUCAGAAGAAUCUCUGUGAAAUACUUUAAACAUGGUGUUGGAAACCUUCCUUAGAGAUUUCUGUCCAUAUCAACAUGAUAGCAGAACGCAGAUUUGUCGGCUGUACAUCCAUGAUAUGAAUGUCCUGUCCCACUACAUCCUAAAGAUGCUCUCUUGGAUCAAAAUCUGGUGACUCUGGAGGCCACUAGACGACAGUGAAGUCAUUGCCACAUUAAAGAAACCAGUGUGAGACGCUUUGAGCUUGUGACAUGGUGCAUUAUUCUGCUUGAAGUAGAUGGGUACACUGUGGUCAUAAAUGAAGGACAUGGUCAGCAACAAUACUCAGGUAGGCUGUGGCGUUUAAAUGAUGCUCAGUUGGUACUAAGGAGCCCAAAGUGAGGCAAGAUAAUAUCCCCCAAACCAUCACACCAGUACCCCUAGCCUGAACCAGAGGAUGGUUCCAUGUUCCAAUGUUGUGAUGACCCUACCAUCUGAAUGACGCAGCUGAACUCGAGACUCAUCAGACCAGGCAACGUUUUCCCAAUCUUCGACUGUUUAAUUCUGUUUCGCCUGUGAUGGGCUGACAGGAGUGCUGCUGCUGUAGCCCAUCAGGGAUGGAUGGUCAGAGAUAGUAUUCUGUAUACCUUGGUUGCAGUUGGUGGUUAUUUGACUUAUUGUUGUCUUUCUAUUAUCUUGAAGCAGUCUUCCAUUCUCCUCUGACCUCGAGCAUCAACAAGGCAUUUUUACCCACACAACUGCCGCACACUGAAUAUUCCCUCUUUUUUGGACCAUCCUCUGUAAAAUGGUUGUGAAUGAAAAUCCAGGCAGAAUAGCAAUUUCUGAAAUAAUCAGACCAGCCUGUCUGGCACCAACAACCACGCCAUGUUCAAAGUGACUUCAAUCCGCUUUCUUUCCCAACAAGUCGCUUUGACUUCGUCUACAUUGAGUUGCUGCCAUGUGAUAGGCUAAUUAGCUAUUUGUAUUGACAAAUAAUUGUACAGGUGUUUCUAAUAAUGUGGCCAGUGAGUGUUUUUUAACGUUUCCUGCAUGUUUACACCAACACAUAUAACCCCAGUUAUUUAGCUGUAAUAAGGUUAGUGUUUAGAAUACAAGUCACAUUAGCUUCAUCAUGACACUGAGAUACCAGCCCACAUCUUCUUUAACGCACUGUGGUUUAUUAUAAAUACCCCGCCGUCAGGUAUGAAGCCAAGAGUUUAUUUCAGGUCAAGUUCCAGUAUUUAGUAAUAAUUGGAUUCAUUCUAUAAAUGGCCCCUGUUUUCUCUGAGCUGAGCUAAAGCAGCACAAAGUGAGCGCUCGGUUCUCAUCUGAGGAGCAGACGAAGGAGUUAGCCUCAGGCUGUGAUGUGUACUCAGGAUGAUGUGCACACAGGCACACUCUCUCUCUCUCUCUCUCUCUCUCUCUCUCUCUAUCUCUCUCUCUCUCUCUCUCUCUCUCGCUGUCUCUCUCUCUCUCUUGCUGUCUCCAUCACUCACACACACAAACACGUGUGUGGCUGGUUUGGUUCCUCCAGGCCUGAUGCAGCUUUUGCUAAUGUCAAUGUGUUCCAUUUUUUCAUUCAGUUUUUUCUUCUGUCUCCAGCAUCUCUCUCUUGCUUCCUUUCCACUUAUCCUCCUCCCACUUCUGUCCAUUUCUACCUCCCUUUCCAAUCUCAUUCAUGAGGGAAUUCAAUGAACAAGUCCUUAUUGGAUUAUGUUGCUCUAGUGUUAAAAGUUGAGUGUCUGUGAUCUAGCCUUAAGACAAGACUACCCAGAUGAUACACAACAAAAUUAUGUGUAACAUUUUCAGUACUGUAUUGAGGGUGUGAAAUUGUCAUGAAAUUUCAGGGUGUAUAAACAGCUACAAAUGUUAUCGCACAAAACCAUAGGAAGUGGUCAUAAAACAAUAACAUGAAACGUCAACCCCCUUUUUCUGCACACACAUGAGCUGAAAAUAAGUUAAUUUCACAAUUGAAAUAAAACACUAUAGGACACAUUAAAGGAACAACACAUAAACUCAUAACAAACUCAUAACAUUGGACAGAACUGUAUCCCCUGCCCUCUCAUCCCUACGUUCCCGUUGUACAGAAAAAUCAAAUUCUCAUGGAUUUUCUUUGUCAUGGCUCGAAUGGACAGAAACUAGUCAAGUGUUAGCAUGAAUGAAUGUGUCGCUAGGAAGAUGGAGAGUAAGCAAAACCUUGAAAGAUGAAAAAUUACAAGAGCUGUAAAAGUAAUAGUGUUUGACAAUUGUUUUGGUACCUAUGUAACAGGUCAAUUGGGAGACAACAUCUUUGGCAGUGGAAUGACUCGGCUCUAAAAGCUGUUGGUCGAACAAACUAUUAAGAUAUGUUUGGAAGCUGAAAGAUCUGUAUCCCUGAAAAGAAACUGAAUUUUAUCAUGACUUUAUUGUGCUGAGGAUGUUUACCUGAGAAAGAAGACAGAUCCAAACCCUGCUUUUACUGAAAAGAGAGGAUAAUGUACAAAUUGAGAGAGUUUUGUAGUUUUUGAUUCAUUUAGUUAUGGUAAAAUGUGUUUGGAUCGAAUCUAAUACUAGAAUUGGAUUGCCUCUUUGGCAGGACAGUGGGGUCGACUGUUAGACUUUUAUCAGGUAUUAUCUUUGACCUCACGGUUUAACUCAAUUGAAUUUCAAUUUAAGGAUGAGCUAUUAUCAAGCUAACAACUUUGCCCACAGAUUAAAGUUAGCAUAGUUAAAGUUUGAAAACCUGUGCCUGCUUAUACUAAGCCCACUGUAGUGGGAAAAGCUCCUGAUGCGCUGAAACUUCCAACUGUAGAGUGACUGCCUGUUUAACUACCUUCUAGAUCCUGUUAACACCGUGCUCAUUUUGACCGCUAAUGUGUAAAUCAUUACUCCUCUGCCUCAAAAUGCCGUCCAUCACUAUGGUAGCCAUAUUAUAGAAAUAAGAUAGAUUUUUCCUUUCCUAUCAGCUUCUUAUCUGGUCAGCCCGCUCAGCAUUCAUCUUGUAGCCUUUCUGCGUACCGACAUCUCAUGAAUUCAAAAAGCAUAGCCAAUAUUUAUCAAAGUUUGGCAUGUUGGGUAGAAUCAGGUAUAAUUAAAUCACUUUGCUAGCCUAUAGCUGGUCUUUCUGGUCAAAUGUGUGGUGUCCAAAACAGCCAUACAGGGGUGCCUUAAAACCACCUAAAAACAAACUGACUAUUGUGUACUAGAAUCAAAAUUUCAGCAUUAUUGGCUGCUGCUUAUUAGCUUUAAUUCAGUAGAUACUUCACAGUUAGUUAUUUUUAAAGUUCAAAAUAUAGUUAAAAAAUAUGAUAGUCCACAAAAGCAUCGCAAGUGACAAUGAGAGUAAGAACCAGCAAACACAUUUGUUCUGUAAUCUGUUUUAAUUUCUAUUGUAAGAGGAUAAUAUGGAAGAUUUUGGAGAUGAAACAUGAAUGACCAAAAUUUUAAGAAACAUAAAUACAAAAUGGGAUAAAAGACAUUAUACACGCAGCUCCAAAUGGAAGACCGGUGUCCGGAUGCUAUCGCUGCUCCCAUGGGACUGGGUCUGAAAUGCUACCACCCGACGACGUCAGUGUCAAUCAGCAGGAGCAGGGAGCUGACAGAGAGAAGUAGGCUGUGGGAGCUGUGACGCAGUCCCUUCUCACAGUAAUGGGAGUGGAGGAUGACAAGCUGGCGUCAGUGGCCUAACACGGGUACAACAACGAGAGGGGAAAACACUCCACUCAGCUGUAGAGCCUGAGAGAAAGGGGGGGGGGGGGAGCUGGGGUGAAAUUAUGUGUCUGCUUCAGCUGAGUUUUUAUGCAUGCAUGAGGGCCUUUUUGCAUGUGAUGUAGAGUACUCAGUAAAGUAAAGAUGACAAGUAUGGAGCAAGAAAGAGAGUGCACACUGCAUGCUAAAAAUUGAAAAACCAAUAGCGGUAAGAAGUAUUUUUUUUUUGCUGUUAUUUUAUUACAUACAUUGGUGGGUGAACACGAAUUACAGAUAUUAUUCUAGCUUUGAUUAGCAUUGCUAUGACCAUUAGCACUGUUAAUUUACUGUUAACGUUCAUGACAGUUUAACCAAAACCAGAGAUUUCUUUUUUCUCUGUUCUGUAGGUUUGAGGAAACUCUUCAUUUGUAUUAGCAGGGCUUGUUUAAGCAAAUUAGCAUGAGCUAAAACUGCUAAAACUGUAUCUCACAUGCAGACAGGCAUGCAAACACUUGACAGACGUACAGUUAGCAUGUAAUGACAUCAAUACGCUAUGGUCAGAAUGGUCUGGUUUCAUGGUGCAUCGACAGGAACACUGAUACACUGAUUGGAAACAAUUAGCGUCAGUGAGCUGCGCUAACGUGGUUUGGACUGAUGACGGUGAUGAGCGCAUGUGUAAUUCAUGUGUGCAUGUUUGUGUGUGAGUGGGUGAGUCAUCAUCAUCUAGCCAAGAAGUCCCUCCUCCUCCCCCCUCUCUCAAACACACAGAGGCAAACCAUGCAUACACACACAGCUUUGCCAAAUCCUCCUGCCAAGUUCGCUGAGUUGAGUGGGUAAACUGUGGCUACUGGGGUCCCUAUGAGCCAGUUGCCGAUACUUGCUUGGAAUUUGAUUGUGUGAAUAUUGUGUUUAAUGUGUUCUUAUGAGUGUAACACUUGGACUGGUAUUUAGUGAGUAACCUGAGUGAACUUUGUUUUGAGUGGAGAGAUUUGCCUCAUGUUUUGUUGAUUUUUCCCUUACAUGGGCCACACUCAGCUAAAAGACAUUAAAGGGAUAUUCCGGUGUACAAUUAAUUUAGGGUCAAACACACUGUAACACUGAGUUAGACACCCCCUCGAGAGAUGAAUGUUGCUGACUGCUUGCUUCUGUAGUUAUACCAACUUCAGUAAUGACCGCACGAUAGCAAUAAACAGAGGUCUGAGGAGCCAUCAACAAACCUCAUUACUUUAUCAUUUCCUUGAAGUAAUAAUCACCAUAUUAAUCAUUUUGCACUUCAGACGACGUAGUUCUUCUGCCUUAGUAUCUCGGUCUGAUUGCAUUUCCAAGAAGAAAUGAUCAUAAAUGUUCUUCCUUGAGCUGCGUCACCCCGCUGUAGUCCGUAAUGAACUGGCCUGAGAUCUCACUACAAACAAGCGGCUGCUGGAGUAGUAAGAGAGUAGGUGAGUUGUGUUUAGUCUCUUUGCUAAAGAAAUUAGGCAAAGCUAAAAAGAUGUUUGGUGGCUAGUACUGUGGCUUGGACCCUAUAUGUACUGUUGAUGAAGUUAGGUGCUGUUCUGAGCAUUAUUUGUGGCUAUAGGGGGCGUUUUGGUUGAGGUUUGUUUAUGGCUCCUCAGAUAAAUAUAACUAGAGAAGCAAGCGGUCGGCAACAUUCAUCUCUCGAGGGGUUGUCUAAUUUGGUGCUACGGUGUGUUUGACCCGAAAUUAAUCUUACGCCGGAAUAUCCCUUUAAGUCAGUUCUUUAUGCUGAAAAAAUAAAUAGUAGUAACCAUUGUGAUAUAUGUGAGUAUCUCUUCAGCAUAGCAACACUGGGGAUCGAGAUGGAUAACCAGAUGCUUAUCCAGUCUGGCCAACAGCUGAUGUAUGACGCAGAUAUGAAGCUGUUGUUUAAAAUUAGCGCAGGCCUAUACAGUAUAUUUCCAGUUGAUAUAUGUUAGUCAAAGAAGUAAGGCAAACAAAUAUACACUGGCAACUAUCAAGUAAAGUUUUUAAUGAACUAAAAUUUAUCAAAAAAUUUCUUGCAAGAUGCAGGGACACAACCUUCAUGGCCAAGCACAUCAGCAUAGACCAUCAAAUUCAACCAAAGGCAGUAACUCCAACUGCUGCUGCUGUUGGACAUUCAUCCUUGAGUUUACUGAUAAAUCUAUAUCGCACCAAGAAUUCUGCAUCUUUUUACAGAGCAAAUUGGGCUUAUGAUAGCGCACUGUGUUCUGCAGCUCUCUUGCUCCCAUUCUUGCAUCUGAUGUAACUGAGAUGUCAGUAUCUCCACCCUCGGCUGCGCAGAGCUGUGCGCACUCAUCCUGAUGGUGCUAGGUUCUUUCCAUACAUGGAAAUCUGAUGGAAGAAAAUCCUUUUUUUUUUUCUUUUUGGACCUAAGGCCGCCAGUGUGAGUAAAUUCGGAUUUUGCGAAUGAGAUUCAGUUGCAUAGAAAGGGGUCUAUCCUGCCCCUAACAAACACAUAAUUGCUUAUUUGGAUGUAUGCAAACAGCACCAGUGCAAAGAGGAAAUUAGUGUGCAGCGCAGUUUGGGGUUCACUUAAUCCUUUCUGCGUGCUUUGGGAAUUAGACAGUGUCAUUUUGGCUCACUUUGAUGAGUUUAACAAGGACAAAUGCUACACAGCCCUUUGGUGAGUCAUUCUCCCUAAAUGCAACCACACAAAGCUAAUACUCAGACUUUUCUUACUUUAUCUUAUUUUCUUUUUUUUUUGAGAAAAGAGGAUUGAACAGUUUUAAUUAAUUAUAAAAAAUAUUAAUUUUGGCCUUUUCCAUGCUUAAUAAAAUGUUGUGAUGUCUCCUAGAAAUCUACAACGUGCAUUGUGACAUUCAUAUUUUAAUAAUUUCAUAUGGGAAAUAAAUAAAUGCUGCGGUAAUUUGCACUUCUUUUCUGAUAUGUGUUUUUAUCCUGCUUCUCUCUCUCUCUCUUCAUAUAGGCCUCAUGCCUCUCCCUCAUGUCUCUUUCACUGCCUCUGCUGGGGUGUAGUAAGAACAUUUGCUGGUCAGUGGGGGUUUUGGUCUGGCCUGGUGGGUUCCUCAGGACUCGAGUGUCUGAGUCGUGACAAACAGAAAAGAGCUUGUGUGUAAACGUGUAUGUGUGUGUGUUUGCGUGUGUGUGCACUUGGCUGUUCUUGAGUCUGCGUGUUGAGUGUGUGGGGAGUGUGUGUGUGCCAGAUUUUUGAUCCCCUUAGCCCUUAUAUGGCUUUGUUGUAGUACAUUGUAACACACGCACACACACACUCUCCGCUCAGAGGACACACGGACGCUGUAUUUCCGUGUUGUACUGGUGUUGGAUUAGAGUAGAAUUUUUUGCAAUAAAAAAAGAGGCUGAAGAUAUUUGUUAUUUAUAUUUUUAACCCCUAGGCCGUUGCUUUCUAUUUGUGGGAUGUGGAUCUCAACAUUUGGACAUUUGGUUCCGGAUUUAUUUGUUAGAAUAAUGAGAUUAAAGAUGAACACGCAGUACUCAUUCAUCAAUUACAUAGAAAUGUUUAUUUAUAGCAUUUUAAUUUUUACUUUGAUAUGGGAUUUGUAAUAUGGCCAAGCAGUGUGUGUGUCUGUGUGUGUGUGUGUUUUUUCUGUUUGUUACGUGAUAGGUAUUUAUAUUCUGCUGCGUUUGUGGAUUUAGCGGUCAGAGGUGGAGUUUAAGCUACAUUUAAUUUUGAGUAUUUUUAAAUUAUAUUAAGAUAUAUAAUUUCUUCAGCAAUUGUCAUCAUGUGUUAACUGUAAUUUUUGAGAGAUGUGUUCAAUCAGUGCACUUUCAAUGGAAAAGGCAGCACACAGUUGUACAAUCAUGGUUUUAUUGAAAGCUCCUCUAACUUUGAUUUAACUGUAUAUUAACCUUAUUGUGAUUUUAGCACAAAAACUAGCAUUCAAAUCUGAUCAGAUUUAAGUGCCACAGAAACAGCCCUGAUACCAAACAAUGUUGAUGUCAACAAAAAGAGCUCCCCCUGCAGCGUGUAGUGUGUCCAUGCAGGUGUGUGUUUGAAUCAUCCAGGCUUUUUAUUUCAGUUUUGCUUCCAGGCUCUGCUUGUAUUUACAAGAGUGAGAUCAGUGGCAUGAUGACUGACUGACUGAAUGACUGCAUGAUGGCGCUGUCAUAUAUCAUGUGGCUCAGACAUGCAUGUGAUUCCCCAGCCUCUCAUAGACCUGACAUGAGGAGUGUAUUUGAGCUGUAACAGAGAAAAAGAUGUGGCUGAACAAAAGACGCUGAAACUGACGUUAAAAAUGCGACUCUUUGCAGCAUUACUCUGUUUGUCUUCCAACUUGUUUUCACACACUGUUUCAAGAUCGAGUGUGAAUAUUUUAUAUGAUCAUGUAGUUCAGGGUGAUUCAGCGUUGGUGUUUUUAUUCUCCCUAAAAAUCACCGUCCCAUCCCGAGGGGCUCACAUAAAACAUGAAUCCACUGUAUUAGGCAGAUUAUCUUAUCUGCCAUUCAAGAUGCAAAGUCAUCUCCAGUGGAUGACAGUCGCGCUGUCAGGUCAGCUCAUUUUAUGCUAUUUUAUACUUCAGCAUACACAAUAUGACAGCAAGGGCAGUGCACAGAAACAACACACACACUCACAGGGAAAUAAUUAGCUUUAAGUUAACCAUAUCUUGUUGUUUUAUACAUACAAUUAUUUAUUUAUUGAGAAUAUAUAUUCUCAUCCAGGCCAGUAACAGCAGAUAUUUGUCCACUGAUAUGUAAAGGGUCGCUGGGUCUCUAUAAAUACCAAUGAUCCAUUGAUAUGUUCGUAGCUGAUAUACAAAUGCUUGGCCUGCUUUGUUCCUUUGUUUUAUUUUGAAAUCUAGGGACAGAACCUUAAAAAGGUCAAAUGUUGGUGUUAAUUGUGUUAACUUCUGGGUUUAGUUGUGCUGACAGGCCCUGAAAGGCUAUGAGCAAAAAUAAUUCAUGGUUUUUUAAAGUAUUUUUUUGGCGUUUUUAUUUCCAAAAUGUAAGAAUACACUCACUUUAUUUGUCCUGAAUCACGCAGGGGGGGAUGCUGCUGUGAAGAGCAUCCUGUAGACCCAAAACUGAGAACCCACAGUUUCCAAAUUAUGCUCUGCUGUCAGGUAUGAUAACUAGUGUGAAGCUCUCUCUGUUUGCCUGCUGGAAGUCAUCAAAACUAAAAUGCAGAAUGCUCAGCUUUCUCACAUACAUACAUUUUAUGUAUUUACAUAUUUUACAUAUUACAUAUUUUAGAGAAACCGAUGACUGAAUUAGCCCCAGGGAUGAAUAAAGCACUCUGAUUCUGAAUUUUAUGUGAGAGUUCGAGGAGGGAGGAGUUUAAGCCAGGGGUGACCCAGCAUUUAUGGCUGAUAUGUGAUUUUAAAGACAAAAGUAAAAUUGAUUUUUAUACAGUUAAAAAAAUACUCCAUGGAAAAAGUGCAUACUGGAGAACAUACAUGCAGAUACAGAUACAGAUACAGAGCUAUAUCAGCAUUAGUCCUGCAGGAUAUCAGUCAAAUAUGCAAUGUGUGCAUUAAAUGUUUUUGAGAUUACUUUAAAGAGAUAUUCUGGUGUAAAAUUAAUUUAGGGUCAAACACACCAUAAAUGUUCUUCCUUGAGCUGCAUCACCCCGCAGCAGUCUGUAAUAGAUUUGCCCCAGGUCUCGCUGAAACAAACGGCUGCUGGAAGAGAGUAGGUGAGUUGUGUUUAGUCUCUCUGCUAAAGAAAUCAGGCAAAGUUAGAAAUAUGUUAGAUGGCUAGUACUAUGGCUGGGACCCUAUAUGUACUGUUGAUGAAGUUAGGUGCUGUUCUGAGCAUUAUUUGUGGCUAUAGAGUGGAAUUGGUUGAGAUUUGUGUAUGGCUCCUCAGACCACUCUGUAUUGCUAUCCUGAGGUCGUUACUAAAGUUGGUAUAACUACAGAAGCAAGCGGUCAGCAACAUUCAUCCCUCAAGGGGUUGCCUAACUCUGUGUUACUGUGUUUUUGACUCUUAAUUAAUUUUUUGCCAGAAUAUCCCUUUAACAUCAUUAGUCGAUUUAUUGCACAUCAAUGAUCAGUGUAUAUGUUGUAUACGUCCGGCUAUAUCUGAUUGUUACAAAUCUCUGGUUCUGCUUGUAUCAGUACAGCACUAGUUUUUGGUUCUUCAUGGAAUGAGCUUCUCAUUUUUAUUCUCUGCUUUCAUCUUCAAUUCACCAAGUGUUAUCAAAAUGAAAUGUGGGUCAGAGCAAGUGUUCUUCCUCGCACAUUCAAUGAUGAAUGACCCAUCUAAUUACUGGGGAAAUACCCUUCACAGCCAACCUACCAACUUUCACUUAUAUUUGUGUGUGUGUGUUGCAGAGACAGAUUGCUCCAUAAUGUGUUACAUUGCAACUCAAAUUACUCAAAGCAAAAAGAGAGCGCUUCUCUAAAACUUCAAAGUUCUCAAAUUCAAGGAAAGCCGCUCAGAAACUCAUCAUGUUGACUCUAAAUUAAAGCAUUUUUUUCUUGUUGAACAAAAAUGGGUGAGAGUGAAUAGAAGGAUGGUAUUGAAGGUGAUGUGUCCUCAUCUUCCUCAUCAGGAUCGCUGCUCCUCUUUUUAUUUUUAGAUUUUUAGGUGACCAAGAGAGGGAUGAUGAUGAUAGGAGGAGGAACUGAGGAAGACAAAAGACAUUCUGUGCUAAAACAUCUCAGAUUUACACCUGCAAAGUGCAUAUGUAUCUGACAAUCCCUUCUGUUUGUGUCUUUCAACCUCUAGAUGAUGUGCCAACAAGAAUGGGACUACAAGAGAGCCCUGAGCAGAUCCCAGGUCAGUACAAUCCCAGGAAAAGGGAAGGGGUGGAUGUGUGGGAUUUUGGCGUCAUUUCUUGCUCAGUUUAGUCGAAUAGCCUGCGACUUAUAACUGUAGGAUAUUUUUAGGAGAUUAUCCAAAUUUCAUAUUCAAAGACUCAUUUUUGCGUGGUGUAUAAAUGGCUGUAAAAUUGAAUUAUGUUACGAUAACCUUUAUGUUGUUUGUUGGUCCAGUGAGUAUCUAAAGCUUGAAUCCUGAAAUGAGCAUCAAACUUUCAGUGUUAGAGCUUUUAUAGAAAAUCAUACACAUUUCAGAUUUAAAACAAUAAUAUAAUGUAAUACCAGUUGUAAGUAUAUUGAUGACAUUUAUAAACAUUUCAAUAACCAUUUUAAGAUAUAAAUGUAAUUGUAAUUGUAAUUAACUGCAAUAACCCUUCCUUUUUCCAUUAUCUACUGAAAGCACUAUAAGUGAAGUAUCUCUUUAAAUGGAAAAAAAAAAAAAAACACAAGAGCAUGGCAACAUAAAUUUUUCAUCUCCAAUUCCUGAAGGACUGAAAGAAAAAGGGCGUCCAAGGUCACAAUGAAGACAUUUAUAAAAGAAAAUGUGCUACAUUCGAAGACAAAGAAAACCAACAAAAUGUUGAUUUCCACAUAAGUCCUACCUCUGAGGAGGAAAAUCAGAUCUUUUGAUUUUAGGAUGGCAAUGGCAAGGGCCAGAGUCACCUCAUACCUAAUUCUACCAUAUGAUUGAGUCUGCUAUCUAUUAUUCUACCCAAACUCAUGUCGAGAAAUUGACUGUGAAAUAUUUUAAUCAUGUCAUAUUAUCUGAGCUCAGUGGCUUUAAGACCCUGUGACUGUGUUACACCAUGUAAGCAAAGCAAACUUUGCAGGAAAACAGCAAAAUCUUCAAAAAGGUUAGCUUUAUAUUAACUUCUGGCAGGUGGGUUUGUCCCCUCUUAAAGCUUUCAUGUACUUUUUUUUGUACUUACUUUUUUUGAUAACCAGAUGGCUUGCACGGUGUCAUCUCUUGAGUGGGAUUAUGAAUGAGGUCUUUGAAUUCCAGUAACAGGUGCUGGUGUGGAUGUGUUAAAACAAGACGCUGCAUGUUUAACAGGUCGCACAUAUCUCUCUUUCCACUGGUUAAGAAAAUGAAAAACACAAAAAUCCAUGUUUUCUGUCACAUCUCAGUUGAAGCUUUUUUGCAAAUGUAUUCAUCAUUUUAGUUUGAUUCAAUAUUUAGAUGUUCCAUUGUGUUUUUCUUUUGACAAUAAUUGACCUUCACACCCAGAUAGACCUUAAAUUAAUCGAUAUGUUUCUCAGUUCCCCAAUGGAGAAAGCCCUGCUCUGAUAACACAUAUUACUCGCUGCUCGGUUGUCAGGCUUCACCUGCUAUCACAGGAAACACUUGACAAGGUGUGGGUGUAGUAUCACCAUGGCCAACUGAGCCCCGAACAACUAUUUUAUGGUUCACAGACGACCCACUUUGAUCUUUGUCCUGAUGUCUCCCGGCAACCAGGUAUUUUUUUUUCAAUAGACGAUAUAUCUGUGUGCUGUAGGUCGUCUCAUUGAGGCGCUGCAGGGGAACAUUUGCAAUUGGCAGAUACAGAGUCAGGGGCGGGUGAGAGGACGGAGAGGGAGGGAUGGAGAGGAGAGCAGCAGAGAGGAGGAAGAGCAGAAGAGAGGAGUUGUUAGUGGGAUACAUGAUUGAAAUUCCUUUUGUGUUGGAUUGAGACUCUUGGGAUUUGUGAUUUUUGAACUUGAAGCGCAAAAAGAAGGAGAAAAAUACUUUUGGGUUAUAUUAAUAGGAAUCUAAAUAGCGAGAUUUCUUUGUUUUCAAACUCAAUGAUGCAGAGGAGGCACUCAGCGAGCAUCAUGGGACGCCACCAGGACAACACACAUCCUCCUAAACAGGUUUGCUCCAAUUUGGGUCCCUGCCCUUAAAGUUUGGCUCUCUUCUGUUUUAUGUGCAUGUAUAUGUGUGGAUCUGAAAGUGCACAUGUGUGUAGAAAGAGGGAAGCCAUUUAAUUAGUAAUGAUGGGAUGGUUUAAAUGGGACAACUCGAAGCAAAGUCUAAAUUAAGCUCCUCAAUACAGCCAGGUUUUUGGGUCAAUUACGUGCGUGAGAGAGUGAUAGAGGAGAGUGAAGCCACUUUUGUGUCACUUCUGUUCUAAGGUGGAUAUUAUUUUGUUUAGCAAUCAGUUACCCGACACAUCGAAUAUGCGUCUUAUCUCAUUCACAGACAAUGGUUUGUUCUUUUUCGUUUUCUACACAUUAAUUCAUUGGAAGAAUCUGAUCGAUGGGCAUUGAUUAUGUGUCAGUUAUGCUCAUUGUCAACUUCAGGAAAAACAGCUCAGUCUUUCUUUACUUCCCUGCAAAACACGUACUGAUCUGUCAGACAUCAUAUCCAAAUCAAUUGAGAAAUGUGUUAAAGAUUAAUAGCCCUUCAACUAUUACGUGCUUUUGCCCUGAAAUAUUGCAACACUUUGCAAUCCCUUGAUCAUUUCCUCAUGGUGAACCUGAACUUGGUCCUUACUAUCCUCAAGCCUGGACUGAUGACGCCUCUCUAUAUAUUUGAAGCUUCUCUGUCUCUGCUGUAGUCCUAGAUUCGCUGUUGUUGUAGGUUGAGUUGUGUUGGAGCUCAGCUGGCCUGGUUAGAAUGAGCAGUUUCCCGUUUUCACUUGGCUGGUCACGGUCUGCCUGUGGACUCAUCUCCUCUCAUUCUCUUGCUCUGUCUCUCUGUCACUCUUUAUCUCUCUCUCUAUAUCUGCGCUCACCAUCUGCCUUUAUGCCUGAUCUGCCUACAGAGAUCCUCUGUCUCUCAGUAAAGAGGUGGGGGUUGGAGAAAUAAAGAAAAAGGGGGCUGUCAGUGCCAUUACUCUUAUUUGUUAGCAGUGAAAAUUUGGUUUUGGUAUGUCAGCUUUAACUUGGGUUUGGUGGUACAUCUCCACUGUAAUAUCCAAUCCAAUCCACAUUUUAAAAAACAUUCAAGUUUACCAAAGUGCUGCACAAUAAGAUUAAAAGAACAGACUAUGCAGAAAACAUCAAGAUGAGAUUAAUAAAAAACAUUUAAAAUGAAGUAAAAUAAAUGAAAUAAAAACACAAAAGCAUUAAAGAAAUAAAAGUGAUAAAAGGACCAUAAAAGACAUAAAAGGACAGGAGGUCGGCUUGAAAUGUUAAGUUUGUAAUAUAACAAUAGAUAUGUUCCUGAGAGGAACAGUCCCAAUAGUUCAUCCAGUUUUUUAAAUGUGUUAGAUCUUUAAAUAAAUACAAAAGAGAGAAAAAGAAGACAAGCCUGACACUCACUUGCCCAUCUGUUAAAAUAGGAGGUGUGCUUGAAGACCUUCACUGCAGCCAGUCACCAGAGAGAGCUUUCAAAGUCAUGGCUUCACUCCCAAUAACUUUUGGUCUGCCAACUUUGAUACAGUCGAUGGUUUUGACCCACUUGUAAAAGUGACAAGUGAUAGUUAGACACUUUGCAGCAUUUCCAAAGUUUGUGAGCUUGUCUUCUUCUUUUUCUUCUUCUUCUUGCUGUUGUUUUUUUAAAUUGCCCUGCCCGGAAGACCACUUUGUUUUACAUUUUGUACAUAUACACACUUCCUAGUUUGAGCAGGCUCUCUUUAUAGUUACCAAAGGUGAAGGUGAUGCUCAAACAAACAGUUUUUCUUGAUGCUGUAUUUAUGAACUCAAUAUCAUAUCAGUGUUGAUGUUUGUAACAUAUUUUAUAUGUGGCCAUAUACCCCGUUUAUCUGUCCACCUCUGCUCUGAAUGGAUAUUGAUUCACCUUUUGAGCACUGGUGAUGUUAUGUGCUCUGACCAGCGAUCCGAAUCAAUGAGUCUAUUUUAGGAGUUUGAUUUAAAUCGUAUUUGACUGAUCUGUGCACAUCACUGUGCGCCAGUGUUUAGUACUGUCUUCUGUCAGAGCGCACGGCAUUGGUCGAGGUUGAUCAUGAGCCGCUGUUCUGUGCACAGAUUGCGCUGUAUAACUCUGAAAACCUGACAGACAGAUCCUUAAGGGGCAAUUCUGGUACUUGCACAUGUGUGAGUGUGAGUGUUAGUGUGUGUGUGUGCGUUUACUGUUGAUUUACUCAUUGACCAUUGCUUUCCCUGCUGUCUCAUGUGGGUCUUUAUGCUGGGAGGGAUCAAUAACCUUCUCCCUUGCUUUCCCUCUCCGCUCUGUCUCUGCUAAAGCGGCGCUCCAUUCACUCGGAUGCUUCUGCACUGAAUGGACUCACAAAUGCAUGCAAAUAGAAAUCCAAAAAUGCCAAAUUCUGACAGGAAUAAGUGACAGAAAACAAACUGCAACAGACACAAACACACACACACGCACACACCAGCAUGGACAUUUUCGAGUUCCCUUUAUCUCCCUGACAUUAGCUGACCAGAGUCCAUUACUGCCAGGUAAUGGCUGAAUGUCACAAUAGCAGGAUGUCAUAAAGCUCUGGAGUGGUCUAAUGGGUUUUGUUCAGGUUGAGGUGACACACGCACACUCACACACAGACUCACAAACACACGCCCUUCCAGGAAACUAUCUUCCUCUGUGCUUGAUGCAUUUACUCAUCACAUCAGCUGAUCUCUGACAUGUUUGAAGAGCUAAUACAAUCUGUUUAAGGAAGUAGAUUAGAGGCAUUAUCCAUCACUGUUAAAUUCAGAAGGCUGGCUCCGCUUUUCAUACUUUAUUGCUUAACCCACGACGCAAAUCGACUCAAGAUUUAACUCCGCUACAGACGAGCUGGAAAGAAAGAGAUAUCCUAAAUUAGAUAAGAAGCAGAAGUGAAAAAAAGACAUAAAUUAAUCCUAACUUGCUGAAGAUAUAAAAAAAAAACACUGCAUGAAAUCACAGCCAAAGUGGAAAGAAGUUUGGCACAGAUUCAAGCAGAGUUGUGAGAGCAGAGUUUGCUGCCAGUUUUCUGAGCACAGUACAGCCUCAGGAGGGAGGAGACAGAUGGGAGAGUGAAGGCUCAUGGAUGGAGCUAUCACGUGAGUUGAUUCGCUUCAUGUGAGGGCAAAGUGGGGGAGAGACGGAUGAGGUAGGAGGAGAUGAAUUACAUUGUUUUAAAACAGGUCUGUUUGUAUGUUUGGAUUCAUCUACCCUGUCUGUCUUUUUUUUCCUCUAAAGAUAUUUAAAUUUUGUUUUUAAUUUUUUCUUUAUAAAAGGAUUUUUUCUCUUUUAAGGUAGUUGAAAGUUGAUGCAGCUACUCUGUAUCAGGGUUCAUCCAGGGUUCAGUAAGAACCAUAACUCAGCAGACUUGUACUGAGUUCUCUCACUGCUUUCAACUGAAUUGUUGAACUUACUAUAUCCAACCUUAAUGCUGAACUGGACUUUCUCCCACUGCUACUUAGACAACAUUCAAUUUUUUAAGUUAAAAUUUUUUAUAUAAUUUGAAUCAUAGUACUGUCUCUUAAGUCGCAGCAAUAUUCAGAUGUAUUUAAUAAGCUGAUGUCAGCUGAAUGUGGUCAAAGUUUGCAAAAAAUCAUAGCAGAACAUGCAGCUACAAAUGUUGUGCUCAAAAUUAGACUCAAAGUUAGAUCUAGUUACUCCAAGUGGAAAUAUUUUUUUAAAUCUUAAAGCAUUUUUUCUAAUGGCACGAAGCUUUAUAAAAUAUAAUACUAUUAUUUUAAAAAUAUGAUAAUACACUUACAAAUACUGAUCACGCUGAUAGAUUGGUGUUGAUGUGUGUGUGUUAGAUUUCAGAGAGUGAGGGAUCGAUUACAAGCUAAAGAUGAGCUGAUUGGCACAUGCUGACAUUAUUGGGAUCCAUUACUGAGGCACACAUGGUUGACCUUUGAGCAUUUGGGCUAAUCUGUCAAUAUGUGAAUCGAUGGCAGCUACAUUUAGGCAGGAUGGGAAUGGGGAUGAUAUUUGUAUAAAUCUGAACCCAGCAAUAGAAAAUGAAAACAGCACCAGUUUUAAAGCUAGUGUGAGGAGUUUUUAACUGGCUAUGAAAACGACUGAAAUUAACAGUGAUGGAGCAAAACUAGUACAGAUGCAAGAAGUUUCUCUCUGUCCACAGGUGGCACAAAAAACAACAUAAACAGAAGUUCCCUGGAUGGGACAGCUGUUAUAUCAUUUAAAACAGGUUUUCUUAUACCUUAUCUCUUCUCUUUACCUUUCUUUGAUCAUCCAGUCCUCGGGCACCAGUGUGAUUGUGGACAUCGCCGUGAUGGGUGAAGCCCACGGUAUGAUCUCAGACCUGCUGGCCGACCCCUCACUGCCCCCCAACACCUGCACCUCCCUGAAGGCCGUCAGCAACCUCCUUAGCACCCAGAUCAGCCUCCAGCCGCUCCACCGGCCCCGCCUCCCCGCAGACACACACACCUGCUCAGACUCUGAGGAGGGGCCUGAGAAAGUAGAGAGACUUGCCAUCCCAAAGGUAAGUAAUUUGGUGUUUGACUUAUGUUUUCAUUGAAGUCAUAGGCGUAGGAAACUGGCUGUUCGCUUACUAGCUAACAAGAGGACUUGAUCUGAGACUUGGUGGCUCAGAGAGUGAAAGAAGACUAUAAAACACAGAACUAUCAAAACAAAAUCUGUUGUAUGCUGCAUGAAACGCCAACAUGCCCAGGUGUGCCCCUCUCUGCGUACAUCACCUUUGUCUCCCCCUUGCUGCAGGCAGUCUGUUAAGCUUCAGUGUAGCAAACAAUGACGCACAAUCUUCCAGAAGGCUUUUUAAUGUUUUACAAGGCCGGCGCUUCAAAUUGUAUGCAGGCACUUGAGGCUGCAAGGAAACUAAAUAAAGCGUGUGAUGCAAUGCAGGGACAGCCUGCCAAGAGAGUGACAAGCAACUUUGCCUGAGUGCAUUUAAAUGUUGGGUUGAUGUAGUGGGAACUCAAUGAGAAGCUCCUUCAAUUUGGAGGAUUUGUUGAUUUGCAUGUAGCAAUCGGAUCAUACCGCCUAUUUAGCUAGUAUUUGCUAUUCCGUCAUAAAGCACCAAAGAUUAUGAGAAGUGUAGGCUGAGGAACAUUUAUUACAGUUUCUUUUAUAGUUAAAAGUCUGAAUGAGCUGAUUCAAACUCCAAUAUACAGUUUUUUCUUUGUAUGACUAUAUAGAACAGUUAGCUAUUUUCCAUAGAAAAUCAAAGUUAUGUUAAGUGUUGAUAAAAACUGAAUUUGAUGGUUUGAAAAAAAUUUAAACCCGAGUUUUGAUUGAAAAUGGUGCAAAGACAACAUAUCAAAUGUUGAAACUUAGAAAUAUUGCAAUUUAAAACUGAAAAAUUCUGGUUAUGCUCAUUUAAAUGUGAUGCACACGACACGUCUUGUUUUGUUAACACUCUGUGAGGGUGUGGGAACCAAAGGGACCAGUUUCUGGAGUUUUUAAAGUAAAAAGUUUUCCCAUUCCCACUUUGUACAGGUUCUCAGCUGCUGAGCAGUACAGGGUGUCUUUUGUUGUUGCAUUUUAUAUGAUGUUUCAUGAUGUGCCAAAUAUUUUCAGACGAGAUGGGUUUGCAGGCAGACCGGUUUAGUACAUCAACUCUCAAAUUUGAUACACCAAACACAGAACAGUUUCCCCUGGGUUUCCUUAGAGGUUGUUUCCUUUUUUACAUGGCACAGUUUGUGGAUGCUGAAACAAACUGUGUUCACUGACGCUGGGUUUUGGAAAUGAGCAUGUCUGUUUGUAUUUCAGUGAUACCUGAGAGCCCAAAGGUCAUGACCAUCCAGCUCAGGUUUUCAACCUUAUAUAUUUUGUGCAGACAUUACUCCAGAGUGCCUGAAUCUAUUAAUGAUAUCACCGCACUAUUACAGAUCUAUAAGUAUCUUUCUUGUGCACCACUGCUGGGUCAUCACGUGUGUCUGACUAUCUGUGGUCAUCUGUCAAAGAAUCAGACAAAAAAAGACUGGAUGAUCUUCUCAAGAGUUUCGUACAAUUUGAUCAGCUGUUGCCCUCUGCAUGAGUGACGAGUGUGUGUGUUUCUGUUAGUGUUUGUCUCAGUGUGUCUCAGUGUGUGUUUGUGACAGAGAGACUGAGCAAUGCCCUUUUAGAAGAGUACACCCGCUGUGCAAAAAUACAAGCUGACAAAUAACUAAAUGUCGCUCAUGGCUGGACAACAAAAUUUACAACUUGGGAAAGAUUGACACCACAGGGAAGAAACAAGCGGGGCUCCUUUCUUAACACCACUCUGUCUCCCAUAUGCUUUUAAACAAAGGGCAUGGGCCUGAAGAAGAAAUAUGGCAGCCUUCUGGUGGGUUGUCUUGACCCUUUUGAUGAUGGGGGAAAAAAACUCUACUUGUUUUAUGAAAAACCAAAAUCUGUGCUCUGUAAUAAAACAUGUAAUUAUAGCUGAAAGAUAGAAUUUAAACUAAUUGUAGUUUAUUUCUUCACGCAUUUCUGGCUCUGAAUCUGCCUCCAUUUUCAGUUCCUAUUUUUGUUUUAUUUUCUUUGUUUCUUUUGUAAUAUUUGGUCCUCUUUACGGUCAUAAACAUAAAUGUGGCCCAGGUAUAAAAUCACGUGUUUUCCUUGACUUACCUUCUUUUAAAAAGUUUCAGUAUGUAUUCCAACUUGUGUUUUUUUAAUCUUCAUUUCAGCGUCUACGUCGGAGUCUACCCCCAGGAUUGUUUAGGAGAAUAUCUACUUGGACCACAACCACCUCAGCUACGGGGCUCCCCACCAUUGAGCCCGGGCCUGUACGCCGGGACCGCUCAGCCAGCAUCAAACACACCACAGACAGGUAACUUUCUCUCACCGCUCCAAACAUUUACUGUAAAAGAUGAGGACGUGUAAGUUCUUUCAUUUAUCUUUCAUCAAAAUCAGCGAAACAUGGAACAACUCGAUGAUGAUGACCAUCUCAAAGGGUCGGUCCAUGUCCGCCUCCUAUGCUGCCUCUGUCAUCUCCAACCACAUCUACAGCAAACCACUGGGAAGACCAGGUAUUAUCUGGUAUCAUAUCUUUUAAACACUCAGAUGGACGUUUAUUAAAAACUGAGGGUUUUCAUUUCCCCUCUUUUCAGGUUUCCCCCCUUCCAAUGUGUCACCUCUGGGCUCUCCUUGCCCGUCUCCCCCAGUCCAGGGCACUCCAGUUUCCAGCCCAACUGCUAAAACAUGUCCAGAACAGCUUCCCGAGCUCUCUGGGCCCCUUACACAGCGAACCCUUGGCUCUGUGGCCCCUAAGAGCCAUCACAGAGCCUUAACUCACAGCCAGAGUGCCCCGAGCUCCACCACGCCUCACUGGCGACCUCCAUCACUUUGUGGCAGGUAACACAUGAGAACAUUAUGUCACCUGAUUCAUCUGGGAUGACAGUAAAAUACCAGGAUAUUCACUUUACAUUUCUGUUCUCUUUUCUCUCAGCUGUGGCAGACCAUUCAACAAUCGGCUAAACCACGGGGUGGAAUCAGUGGACAAAGGAGACAGAAUACCCCAUCCAGGUAGACAGCCUGCAUGCAUGUCCCAUUAGAGAAACCCAUCAAAAUGAACAAGGGAAGGGGAUUUUUACAGGAAGAUUACUCUUUUUUGAACAAAAGCAUCUUGGUAUUACAGACAUUCCCUGUCCUUGAAAAGGAAGCUGAUUUUUUUUAUCAUCUCCUUAAAGGGAUAUUCCAUAAAUCAAAUUUAAUUUAGGGUCAAACACACCGUAACACCGAGUUAGACAGCCCGUCGAGAGAUGAAUGUUACCGACCGCUUGCUUCUCUAGUUAUACCAACUUUAGUAACGACUGCAGGAUAGUGAUACACACAACAUCAACAAACCUUAACCAAAACGGCGCUCUAUAGACACAAAUAAUGCUCAGAACAGCACCUAACUUCGUCAACAGGACAUAUAGGGUCCCAGCCAAAGCACUAGCCACAAAACAUCUUUUUAACUUUGCCUGAUUUCUUUAGCAAAGCGACUAAACACAACUCACCUACUCUCUUCCAGCAGCCGCUUGUUUGUACGGAGACCCCAGGCGAGUCCAUUGACUGAGGCGGGGGGAUGCAGCUCAAGGAAGAACAUUUAUGAUAAUUUCUUUAUCUUUUCCUUGAAGUAAUAAUCAUCAUAUUAAUCAAGUUGCCCUGCAGACGCGGUAGUUCUUCUGCCAUAGCAUUUCCAUGAGGAAAUGAUCAUAAAUGUUCUUCCUUUAGCUGUGUCAUCCUGCUGUGGUAAUGGACUUGCCUGAGAUCUCCAUACAAACAAGCGGCUGCUGGAAGAGAGUGGGUGAAUAAUGUUUAGUCUUUUUGCUAAAGAAAUCAGGCAAAGCUAAAAAGAUUAUCAGUGGCUAGUGCUAUGGCUUCUUGGUUGAGCAUGUGGCUCCUCAGACUGCUGUGUAUUGCUAUCGUGCGGUCAUUUCUAAAGUUGGUAUAAUUAGAGAAGCUGUCAGCAACAUUCAUCUCUCGACAGGGUGUCUAACUCUGUGUUACGGUGUGUUAUUUUUACGCCGGAAUAUCCCUUUAAGAGAAACUUAGAUAGCAAUAUAAGCAUUUUAACAGUUUUAAUCUAAUCUAUGAGUAUUAUUCUUUCACCUUAUUCUUAACGUUAUAAUUUGAUUCAAUCAUACUGACCUUCUUCGCGACCGCCCACUUUACGGUUUUAAAUGUCUCUAACGUCUCCCCAGAUGAGCGUGUUGUAGCAUCUUCAGACUAUGACAGCACCUAUGACAGCACUUACGAGACCAACCACAGUGACAGCAGCGACUUUGCACAGAAUGAGGAGGAGGGGGAGGGUGGCAAGAAGCCCCCUGGUGUGAGGGACGGAUGCAGGGAGUAUCUGUCAGAGGGCAUCGUUCUUCACCCACUCCUGCCAUCACCAGAGGUAGGCAACAGGACAGGCUAAAUUUAGUGCUUUUAAAAAGGAGUUCAAACAGCAAUCUCAAGUAAAGGCUUCUCCUAAUUGAUGGUAAUGUGAUUCGAUUUACCAUACUUGUCCUAAUGUCCCUGUCCUGAUGUGUCGUAAUUUUCCCCCUGACAGGAUAAACCGGUGUUGGCGAUGGAGCCGCUGGUGAUGCCAGGUCUAGAGCCCCUCAUGAGUCAACUCAAUAAUUGGAACUUUCCCAUUUUUAGUCUAGUGGAGAAAACCCACAGCAAGACAGGCUGCAUCCUCAGCCAGGUGAGCACUUAUCCCCUGUGACAUUUUUUAAUGCAACAUAUCAGCUCCGGUUCAACUGAAUGAAGCUUGUGUUGACAGAAAGGUUCACGAGUAUCACAUCAGCAGCGUAAUGUGGUACUGACACGAGUAGAGUUAGGGUUCAUUAGCAUCAGCAACACAAGAUGACAACAAAACAGGUGUUUGUUCAUUCAAGAAUCUGUUGGUACUGUUUUUUAACAUGCAAGUCACAACAAUAAUUAGAGAUGGGUCUGAUGGUGUGUUUUGUUCUCAUGUAAUGUCCCAGGUUUCCUACAGGCUCUUUGAGGACACCGGUCUGUUUGAGACCUUCAGAAUUCCUGUUCAAGAGUUUAUGAACUACUUCCAGGCUUUGGAGAACGGGUACAGGGUUAUUCCAUGUGAGUAUAUUGCCUAAAGGAACGGUUGAUAUCCAAGCCAGCAGUGCGUCUGUCUGCCACAAGAGGGAUGCAUUGCUUUGUCAAAGAAACAAAGCUCCUCUAUCAGGCUUAGGUUCUCAUUGCUCAUAGUGUGCAGGAGCAUCAUUUUUGGAUCUGAACUAAAUAGAGAAAACAUUCUUACUGACAUUAGCAGCAAUUUUUAAAAAAAAAAGGGAAUUACUUUUUUUUUAUGAGUGUAACUGUGAUGUGUUUUUUUCACAUGUAUGCUCCAUUCAGAGCUGAAAAUGACACCCCGCUUCAUGUUUAAUUUACAGCACAUUCAAUUAUCGACAGUCAAAUGUGUGAGCCAAAGCAUCGCCUGUUUAUCUUAAUGAGACCUUUCUAAAAAUACAGUCAAUCUGUUAAUGUUCAGCCUGCUUUGCAUGUCUACAUAUGUUUAAAAAAAGACACAGACAGCUUGUAUUACAGCAGCUAGAGGCAGUAUGAAUAGGCACUGUCUGGUUUUGAAAAGCAUGCCUGUAAAUUGGUUUCAUGCCAAACUUAUCAGGCUGAUCCCCAGCAGACAGACAUACAGGGUGAAAAGUGACAAGGCUCUUGUGCUUGUUGUAUUCUCUGGGCCUGAGCUGGAUGCACAGUAAUGUGGGAAUAUUGUCUCUGCUUAUAUUUUGUGCUCCAUUUAAAAAAUGAUCAACAUGUACAGUAAUUCAUCAUAGACUAAACACACUCAAAGCUUGACCUUAUCUGUGGCGCAGAUUUCUAACGAAAGGGGGCUUAAGUGCAUAUCUAUUUUCAGCUAGAAGAAGACAUAUUUCUGCCGCUUCUGUUUAGAUUCAACAUUUUAUUUCCCUCUCCUCAGAUCACAACAGGAUCCAUGCCACUGAUGUGCUGCACGCUGUUUGGUACCUCACCACACAGUCUGUCCCCGGCCUUCCAACUCUGCUGACUGAAAACGGGAUACACACUGGUGAGGACCUCUGCAUAUAAAGUCAGGACAGACCUCUAGGACUGUUCCCUGUUAUUCACACGCUGGUCAUUUGGUUCACAUUUGCUUUCUCUUAAUCUAAAAGGAGUGGAAACUCUUCAUUUGAAUCAUGGAUGUUGUCAAGAGGUCUUAUUUGGUGUUGUAAUGCUUAAAUUUAGCAGGCACUACAGAUUCUGACAUUUUCUUUUAAUUUUUCAUUUCUUUUACACCACUGCAUCUUUAACCAUGUCUUUAAGUGUUACUUUUAUGCCCUUUUGUCAUUUUUGUACAUUUCCCUGUUGUAACUUGAAGUUUUUCCCUCUAACAAACCUCGUUCAAACUAACUCAACGUAUUUCUGGGAACCAAUACGAUUACGGUUAGUCCUCUAGAGCUGACUGUAUCCCGGCAACAGUUUUCCCUGUAUAGCUAGAAAGUGCACAUGAAAUGGUUGCUAUAUAAUGACCACUAUGGAUCAAGUACUCUGCAUGGAUGGGAAAUAAGUACGUUUAUAAUUCCUCAUAAUCUUCACUUGAGUUCUUCGAGUUAAAUCCCAUUUCUAAAAUUCAUUGCUGUAUUUUUUCAUUGCUUAUUGAAUAUGUUAUAGAUAGAUAGAUAGAUAGAUGGAUAGAUAGAUAGAUAGAUAGAUAGAUAGAUAGAUAGAUGAUAGAUAGAUAGAUAGAUAGAUACAUAGAUAGAUAGAUAGAUAGAUAGAUACCAAACUGGGAAAUUCACAUUUUAAUUCUUUUUACAGUGAACAGCAUCUAGCUGAUAAAAUAUGUCAUGUAAUAUCUACAUGACUUAUUUAACAGGCUUUGAUCUGAAUGUUAAAUAGGAAGAAUUAUCUUUGUUAAAAACACGGGCAGUGACAUCCUGUUUGUCUCCAGAAAACGGCAUCACACCCGGUGCCUCAGGCUUCCUGGUGUCUAAGAUGAACCCUACACCAACAGAAGGCUACGGCUCCCUGGCCGGCCUCAUCCCCGGCCUCGAGCUCAUGGCUCUAUAUGUAGCAGCUGCAAUGCAUGACUAUGACCAUCCUGGGAGGACCAAUGCCUUUUUAGUGGCUACUAGUGCACCACAGGUAAAGUAGAUGUUUUUCAGAGGGUGCAUGGUUAAAUCAACUAAGAGACUGCUGCUUUAGUGUUGAUUCCUGUGUGGAUAAAGCAUGUCUGUCAUUAGGGCAAGUCAACAGUAAAAUGAACACACAAUAAUGUGGCACGCAAGUAGUGUUUAGUCUAAAUUCAUGAUUGAGUAUCUCGCCUCUCUUGCACCCACCGCAGGCUCUUUUGUACAAUGAUCGCUCAGUUCUGGAAAAUCAUCACGCAGCCUCAGCGUGGAACCUCUUCAUGUCGCGACCCGAGUACAACUUUCUGGUAAACCUGGAGCAUGUGGAGUUCAAGCGCUUCCGCUUCCUUGUCAUUGAAGCCAUCCUGGCCACGGACCUCAAAAAGCACUUUGACUUCCUCGCAGAGUUUAAUGCAAAGGUAAACCAUCUGAAGUCACCAUCCAACUAUAUACAUGAAUUCACCUCCUCUUAGCUUUUCUGUUCUGCGUAUUUUUCUAUAUUCACGUUCAUAACCAGGUAGUCAGGAUUACCCUUAAAAUCCACAUCUGUGUUUGUAUUUUUACACGCAUCUCCCUGUGCACAUCUCCCCAGGUGGGUGAUGAGGGUGUGUCUGGUAUAGAUUGGACCAAUGAAAAUGAUCGACUGCUCGUCUGUCAAAUGUGCAUCAAGCUGGCUGACGUCAAUGGGCCGCUGAAGUGUAAGGAGCUGCACCUGCAGUGGACCGAGGGGAUUGUCAACGAGUUCUAUGAACAAGUAUGCUUAUCAAUGCUCUUUUAUAGAAACAUAUGAUCCAGGGAGGGAGAAAGAAACCUCUGUCAGAGCUUUAAGAAUUGACUGAACGCCCCGUCACACAAAAGAUAAAUAUGUUCACAUCUUUUUCACAUGCAAUUUUCACUGAUUUGAUUACCUCAACACUCUUAAUCUCUCAUAAGACCUUUUACCCUCUUCCUCAUCUUUCCUCAUGAUGUAAUGGUGAAGGGUUUCCUUCGUAAUGUCUCCCCCGAGGGUGAUGGCAGUAUGCUUUCUAACUUCAGGUCUCUUCAGACAUGUUUUACAUAAGCAAGCAGGUUUUUUAUUUCUCAAACACAACUGCAAAGGGAUGCCUGGCAACAAAUCCUGGACUUAAAUUACAAGGCACCUCAUUGGUCGGUUCAGUCCGUGCAUGCAACUGGUUAAUAAUCAGACCUGAUUAGAGAUAUGACUCAUGCCUAAUAAUGACCUGUGGUUAGAAUAAAAGCUCAUUUGAGACUCAUAAGGAAAAAUAAGUGCUUUAAACCCAUUUAAUCCCAAAUUAAAUAUCCAAAUCAUGUGUCAUUAGUAUCCCUUUGAAAUAAUCAAUCAUAAUUUUUAGAAAUUUUCAUGGAAAAGACCUGUGCUGUGCUGUGCUGUGCUCUGUGUGUGUGUGUGUGUGUGUGUGUGUGUGUGUGUGUGUGUGUGUGUGUGUGUGUGUGUGUGUGUGUGUGUGUGUGUGUAUGUAAAAUUAGGUAGAAAGUUAGGUAGCAGCAGAAAGUAAGGUCGAACAGUUAGCCUAUGUGUAUUAACAUGUAGAUACAAUGGGUUACCCCACCGAUCACUAUUGUUGCUGGUGACAUGUUUGUGAGUUCUAUGACCACAUUAAACAAAGUUGAGUAAUUGCAAAUGCAUAUAUCAAUGCAUUGAUAUAAAAUCUAUGUCCUAUCUUUAUGUUAACAUACUUUAGUAACCUUUUCUUUGGGAGCUUUCUUGCUGCCAUCCUCUUCUCUUGGCGCAAACAGGAUGUAAACAGCUCUGGUCAUGUGACAAUUUACAGUAAACAUGUGAUACUGCACAUAUUUCAUUAAGACCCUUUAUUAUUUCAAUAUCUGCUGGAAAUGCAUUGAUAUAUCGUUCAGUAACAUUUUUAUAGCCUUAGAAAUGAAACUUUUUUUUAUGGUCACUAUUGUGACCGGUGGGGUUAAAUGGGUUAAUGCAGGGCAUAAAUGAAUACAAGGCAAAUCAAUACAAGAACCAAAUAUGAUAGAAAAAUGAUUUUAUGGACAAGCCCCUUUUGAAAAACAGCAUUAUUUUACAGUAAAGAUACAGUUUAAGUUUUUGCUAACAAAGUAUUCCACAUAUAUUCAAGGCUGAUUUUAUGAUUUCAGAUUUUAUGUUGAGACGCCUUAAAGUCUUCCAAUUUCUUCCAGUUAUUUUGACAGAGAUACUUUAAAGCCUGGCAGGAAUCAAAAAAGUGUUUUAAUCCUGAUCUAAAGAUGUGAGAGACCCACAACAUGACAACAGAUGGUGACAGAUUUAACUGUUUUGUUAUUAUAGUGUGUGGUGUGUAAUGAUUUGGUCAAUGGAUUUUAUUCACCAACAACCAGAGCCCCCGCUGUCUUGAUGGAACUGUCACAAAAUCUCUCACAGUCAAACGAAACUUCAGUUUAAACAAAUAAAACAUAUGACCUGAUGGUUGUCAAGGUAAUGUUGCUAGCUGCUGCGCUAACAGAACAUCAAAAUUCCAGUAAUUUUUGUUGAACUCCUCCCCUUGUCUUAUUGUUUGUGGCAUGUUUUAUAGAUUUUUUAUUUCUUCAUUUUGUAAAAAAAUUUAACAAUAUGCAUUAAUGAACAUUUAUUUGUGAAUAGGACACAUGUAAUAAUCCAUGUGUGCAAAAAACAAAACCCUGUGGGAUUCCUGUUUUAGCCUUAGAAAAAAAACACAUUACUCGCAUUAUUGUCUAUGAAAACAAAAUGUAUGUUGUCAGCAGGAUUCAAAACGACGCAAGAUGACAGAAAAGACCUACCACUUAAAAAGUCAUGUUUUUUUUACUAUGAAAUGCUCAUUUUGGAUCCAGAAAAGCUGCCCCACAGCACUAUUCUUCUCAGCUGCACUGAUAACUCAGAGAGACUUUUUCCUGGUGAUCCUUACUGACCUUUCUCUCUAUUCUUAUAAUACCUCUAGGGGCUUGUUUGGAGCACGAAAAAGUGCUUGAGAAAAGGAUGUGUUUAUAUUUUUGUCCCCCGCUGAGGGGAGUUGGGUCACCUGAAAUUGGUCAUCCUUGGUUGCAUUCACAGUCCCUCACAGGGAUGGAAAUAACGCUUUUGAUGACAACCGAGUCCAUCCUUUUAUUCACAAGAACAUAAAUACUGUGCAUUUAUAUACUGUUCAUUUGCAUGCACUUCUUUCUCCUGUCAUCCUCUUCUCUUUUACAUACUGAGCAUUCACAGAGUGUACCUUUUGCACAAACCACUAAUACAGUGCUCUGACGCCAUUCAGGUUUCAGGUUACCAUAGCAAUGUGAGCCCUUGCCACCUUUGUCCUCCUCCGAUUGCUUUUUAAGACCUGACAUUGUAAAACAAACACAAAAGCCCGAUGGCUGAGACAAUAAAUCAAUCUACAUCACAAGCUCUAAUAGAUCAGGAACUACACAAACAACACAAAAACAAAAAUCACUCUGAGCCAUCUAUAUUUUUUUUUAAAAAUGAUCACAUAAUGGGGAAAAAAGACCCCUCAGUCUUGUUUUUUGCAUUUUUACCUGAGGUGGUACAUGUUCCUGGAACAAGUAGUUUACAGAAGUAUCUUGCAGGUACCUGUAAUCAACACCUCUGUUUGUGUGAAGACGAGGGUGACACCUUAAGUGCAAUCAGAAUAUUGAAUUAAAAAGUGAGACUCUGUUCGUGUUUGUCAGAGACAUCAUCUUGAAUGUUACUGUAGGUCUUCUUUGGCUUAUCUCUAUUAACAGUGUGUAAAUUAGAGCUAGAGGUGGGCUGCUUUCCCAGAGUUCAAGGAAAAAAGGUUAAUAGUUGACAGUUACGCAAACCUCAUUUUCUAUUAUGAGUAUCUGAUUCAUAAUUAGUGUAAGUCUUUGUCCUAAUGCAUCAUAUGUCAGCAUUUAUAAGUGCCAAUGUACACCAUGACCAUAACUUGGACAAAUAUCUGCCGACAUUGUCAUUGUUAAAAUUAAAAAAUAAAGGUCAUCAUUCUUUGACUUUGAUUUUUUUUUUAUUUUGCAGUCACUCAGGGUGACUUUUGUGAACACAUAACGAGUACAACGUCGGUCAUUCUGUACUUUCCAUUAUGUUACAGUUACAGUAUGAGAACAAUUACAAAACAAACCGACAGGGCUGACCUGGUUUGCGCUGUCUCCAAGUCUAUUAUUGGAUUUGCAGCAGUUAAUUUCCUUUUAGUGCUUACAUUUUUUGUGUAACAGCUUACAUCAUCAACAAUACUGUACAUGUUUUAUCAUCAAAGCCAGAUCAUGUGUGUCAAUAAGGAGCACAAAUAUCCUAUAUUUUUUACAAACACUCUUGAGUACUGUCAUAUGAAGUAGCUGAGAAACUCUUCUUUCUGAAAUUUGUAUUUUUUUAAUAUUUCAUCGAUCGAGCGUUUUGGACUUAACUCUUUAUGUGUCUUCUAGGGUGACGAAGAAGCCAGCCUCGGCCUUCCUAUCAGUCCCUUCAUGGAUCGGUCUGCGCCUCAGCUGGCUAAACUUCAGGAGUCGUUCAUCACUCACAUAGUGGGACCUCUUUGUUCUUCCUACGACUCUGCCGCUCUCAUGCCGGGGCGCUGGGUCGACCCACCUGAGGGGGAGAUGGAGCUAGAGGAAGGGAAGGAUGGACCAGACAUGGAGGAGGAGGAGGAAGAGGUGGCAGAUGAAGACGCAUCAACUAAUUCUGAAAACUCCCGUAAGUCAAGCCCUGAGCUCAGUUUUAGAAAACUAUUUCUGUAACUGCAGAAAAAAAUGAAUUAGAAAAGAGAAACAGGUAUUGAGUCAGCAAUGCCAUGUCAUUAACAAUCUUAUUAGCUGUUUAAACACCGUAUUUCCCACAGAUAGACAUUUUAGAUGCUGCUGUAAAUGUACUUUACGUGAAAAGCCACCUGUAUAUAAAAAAAAAAAAAACUACGGCAAGAAACUGUCAGCAAGUGUUUGUUUAGCAAGAUAUUAUGCUUUGACUCACUGCAAAAAUGAAUUUUAAACCACAAACAAGUUUAAUAGGAGAUGGCUGGCAAUGUUCCUCUAUUGCGUCUUUAUAUACAUCACUUCAAAUUCCUACUAGGAGUAUUUGACGUAAAUUAAAUAGACUGAAAUUUCGUUUCAGGCCUUUUUAUGAUAUGAAAAAGCAAACAAGAUCAUCACGGAUAUAACUGAUGAUUUUUAUAUUGUAAUUGUCAAUGCUUGAAACCAGUGCAAGGGGAUAGAAACAGCCCUAUUUUCACAACCCCCACUAGAAAUAUUCGGUAACACUUUACAUGAGGCCUAUCUCUAAAAUGCAUAAAUAUAAGCAGACACAUUAUACAUUACAUAUAUUUAUAUUUACAUAUAAAUAUAUGUAUAAUGCAAUAUAAUGAUGUUAUAGCACUGUAUAACUUUAGUUCUAAACACUCAUAAAUGAUCAUAAUGCUUUAUAGUAAUAAUCAUAACACAUUAUAAAGCAUUUUAUCAUGACUUACAAGGUCAGGUAUUAUAAUGUGUUAUGCUUAUUGUUAUAAAGCCUUAAAAAUAAUUAAUGAGUGUUUAUAAUGAUAGUUAUACAAGUUUAUAAGCAAAUUGUAAUACAUCAUAAAUAUAUGAUAAUGCAUUAUCUAUGUGGCAUUGUCAGUGAGUUUUUAACAGUUAUAACACAUUAUAAUACCCAACCUUGUAAGUCAUGAUAAAAUGCUUUAUAAUGUGUUAUAAUUAUUGCUAUAAAGCAUUAUGAUCAUUUAUGAGUGUUUAUAACUAUAGUUAUACUGUGAUAUAACGUGAUUAUAAUGCAUUAUUCAUAUAUUUAUAAUCGUUAUAGAGAUAUGUGUCAAAUAAAGUGUUGCCAAAUAUUCACACUGAAUAUUAUAUUUAGCUGUCAAAACUCAGCAGGACUAGAUAUUUUCAGUCUAGAGAUACUGUUUAAUCAAGAUAAGUAAAAACUGCUCUGUCAACAGGGGACGAAAGAAUUGAAAAGUUCCUCACGAGAGCUUUACGGGCAAAAAUCAGUGUUAUCAUUUCUUUUAUACAACUUGAACUCCAAAUUCAGCUUGUCUAACUUGUUGGCGUUGUGUCUCACAGAGCGUCAGGAAACCAAAAAAGUGAACAGGAGAAAAGUGUUCUGUCAGAUCACACAGCAUCUUCUAGAAAACCAUGAAAUGUGGAAAAGAGUAAUUUCUGCUGAAACCCAGGAGGACACGCAGAAAGAGGAGAACCCAAACUGCAUCGGCAGCAACACAGAUCCAAUCACAGCCAUCCAUGAGGAAGAGGAGGAGCAAGCAAGCAAAGAGGAGGAGUCAGCUGAAGGCCUUAACGACAGGGAAGAGAUGCCGGCCAUGGAGGAGGAGGAGGAGGAAAUCUUUCCACAAUCAGAGACUUCAGGGGAUAAAGAGGAGGAACCAGAGUGAUAUUAUGACCCUCCACCUGCACCAGGAAUCUGAACAUUGUCUGGAAAUGUUUCUUAUUUAAAUUAAACUCUUGAUAUGGUAGCCAGCACAUCACUUUGACACAACACUGUAGAAGAUGUUUUGGGUAAUAUGUGCCUAACAAAAACCGGGUGGAGAACAGGGAUGAUGCAUGCCCAGUUCGUCUGACGAGGAGAAACCAUGAGAUGAGCAGACGAUGAAGUGACUGCUGGAGAAAAAGACUACUGGGGCUGUAUCCCUCUUCGCUGUUGUGCUGGUUUCAGUCUGGAUCCGGUGCUCUGCCCUCACCCAGGCUGCCCAUCCUGCCCUUUGGGGCCAACCACACUCAUUUACAGAUUCACUCCUCCAGUGAGUAAUACACUGUCAUGGCCCACAUGUCCCCAUCCUUCUUGUUACGCUCAUGCUUUCAGCACACUGUGGAGACACCCAGCUGGCCGAGGAUGUGCAGCAAGCCCCCUUACUUGAAGACAAUGGGAUGAAAGCCAGGGAAAAAGCUGUGUCCACUGAGGCUCAGCUGCAAGGAUUUCCCAGGGAGACAGAAAAAGGGCCAGUAGUAGUACAUUGUGUAUACAAACAUACACCCAUACGAGCUCAACACACAGACACACACACACUGAAACUCAGUACAAUACAGUACAGUAGAAACGCAUUCCAUUUUCAGAACCAAUAGGAAGAGAAACAAAGAACCCUGUUGCUUUAAAAGCUUUAUUCUCGCUCAAGGGAAAACAUACAAAACAAGGUUUUGUUCAUGACAAACAAUGUCUGUCUUUAGUCCGAAUUUCUCCCUGUCUGUAGUUAUUCUAAGCUGGUGCAGAACACCUACAUAUUUCCAGGCCAUGCAACUCAGGAAGGUAGAAAACUGUAGAAAAAACGGGGGGGAAGGGACUGGCAGUGUCCUUGUCUUUUCACUCACUGUUUGAUUUUCUGUCUCGAGACGAUGUAGAAUUUUAUUACUACCACAAAAAUGUGUUUUUUAUUUCAUGAAAGGAAACUAAAGAAAAAAAAAACUAUGGAUGACACUUUACUGUAUAUCAAAAAAAUAUAUUUUUUAUUUCAGCUAACUCAGUUGCUGCGUCCUUGAGGAUCAGAGUGCUCACCAGAUGAAAAACAACUUGCAGGACAGUACGCUAGGUAGUACGGUAAUGUGUUUUGUUUAGUCUGACUUUUAUGUCUCUUCCCAGCUUGUUUGCUCAGUUUAUAAAGUUUAAAGUCACUUAUUGCAAGAAUUUUUAACUUUACAUUAUUUAUUAUUAAUGGCCUGAUAUAGCCUGGUAUGUAGGCCACGUGUUUCAGGAAGCUAAGUUAAGUAAUCCAGUGAGGCAUUGUGGCCUGGGCCAGUACAGACUCACAGCUCACAAUCACACAAGAGGAUUUACAUCAGUUACACCUUUCAAAAAGCCACCCCUUGUGGCCAAUUGCCAUCCAAUGCUUUGUGUCUACAAGUUAAAAUCAGAUUUAAAUCAUGUUAUUUAUUCAGUGUAAUAGUUUUGCUCCUGAAAAAUUAGAGGUGUCAUAAAAAAUUAUAUCAACUCUGGGACCUCACUUGCCCAACAAAAUCACAGACAACCAGACAUGGCGGCAUAAAUCUGAUGUUGUUUAUUAAAGGAUCAAGUCAGAUAUUUAUAAAUAUAGUCCAAGCCUCACAACCAACUAACAUGAUGCAUGAUAUGAUUUGAUCAAUAUGAUUAAAUAUGAUGCUUUAAAGUGUGAUACCAUAUGAAACAAUAUGAUCUAUACUCAGUACAAUAUGCGACAAUGUGUAAUGAUAUAAUACAGUAUAAUUGGAUGUAAUCUGACACAAUACAAAAUACUAUGACACAAUGUCAUACAAUACAAUACAGUGUGGUGUAAUUGAAACACUGCGCACAUCAGAUGAAAAGUAUUGGGUAGAUAGAAAGAGAGAAACUUAAUACCAAUCAGACCAUCUGCAGGUGAGUUUCUGGGGUUGAUCCAUCAAACCUAAUCUAUCUGACGCAGAGACAGAGAAUUAGGUAAAAGAUUGGGAGCAACCGCUUUUUAACACUGACCGCAAAACAGCAAAUAAGCAGGUGUUAGACAGAAAUAUGAACAGCCACUAAUUUUCCAACGCACAUUAUGCAAUCAGUUCAUUUGGCAUAAUUAACAAACCUUGGAUGAAAAGAGACGAAGCAAUCUAUUAAACAGGCUUGUUUGCAGUCACAAAGUUUAAACUGGCAGAAUUUGCCUUACUGUGACCUAAAUUUCCUUACUCAAUUAGAGUUUUGAUAACCCUAAUGCUGUCUAAAUUCCAUUGCACUGUUAUCAAAAUGCCCAUUGUGCGAAGGAAGGCUGAACUGUGCAGUGCUGACUGCUUAUACCUUGUGCUUACAAAAGGGUGCGGUGGUUGUUUUUACUCCAAUGAAUGAGACAGACUGUACUGACCAAACCCUGAGCUUAUUGUUCGUGUUCAGUUCAAGUUGAGAGCCCUUAAUAGGUGUUCAAAGUCUGAUUUUUUUAAUGGAAUUAGAUUUUACCUCGCAAUCUGUAAUACUGCGUAAUGUUUAAAUAACUAGGAUGCCCUAAAGAAAAGUCUGUUAUAAGAAUUCAUGCUGAAAAGGGGGGGAUGAUGAAAGCACAUCUGACCCCUGAAAUAAUGUGUUUCUGACCUGCCAGCACAUCAGGCAGCUGUAAUACAACUGUACGUAAAAACUCAGCUUGAUGUACAUGUCACCACCUGGAUCAAAUGUCUUCCAAUAGCUUCUCCUUGCACUGCCUCGCCAUGACAACCUGUAGCAGUGAAAUUUAUCUCUUUAUACCAGCUGUCAUGUAAGGCAUCAACUGGGGUCUUUAAGUUUUGCAUUUUUGAAGCUGUGUACUGCAAUAUACUGUAGCUUUCAAAUCGCAGUUAUUCUAAAAAUAUCCAUGACUGCAAUCAGCUCCGCAGGCCUCCUGCAAACAGCAGUUUUUUGUUCACACAUGAAUAAGUUUUGGCUGUACAGCCCCCAAAACCACCAAUCUAUGCCUCACACAAAUCUCAUGUGCACACUUAAACCAUCAUUUUUCAGCAUUUAAGAAUUCUUGUAUUCUCUGAGUUGACGUUGAGUGGGGAAUUCAAAGCUCACCUAGUUUGAAUACCUGUUCGCAGAAAUAGAGGUUUCCACCCUUCCUACUCUUGCCUCAUUCCCCGUGCACUCAAAAGUGCAGCAGUCAAAGAGACUAAAUCAAAGCUGUGAUAAAAUUCAGGGGUGGCUUUUUUUUUAUCUGGAACAAUCCGAAACGCUAUAGUGCUUUUGUUUUGGUCCAGCUGUUUAGGAGUUUAAAGGCAAACCGCUUUAGUUUCAGGCUUUAGAUUUUGUCACAGUGAAAUUUAAAGGGCCAUACCAAGGCUUUUGCUAGUUUAAAUCAUCAUAUACUGUAGGCUUUGACUUGUGAAUUUUGAAGCAGAUUUAUCUCAAAGUUACACCACUGGUUCCUAAAGGUAUAUCAGCUGGUGAAAGAGAAAAUUAAAAACACUACAACUUAUUAAGCAUGUCAUCGAUUGGGUUUGUUUCAUUGUUUUGUACAGAAGUUCUUGACACAUUUUUUCCCUCUUUUGUAAAUUAGUAAAAUCCAGCCUGAAAUGGUUCAUACAACACAACCAAAAGUUGUGAACACAAAGGUAUUCUUUGCAAAAUUGUCUCCUGCAAUUUUACAAUGUGAAAUUAUAAGAUGAAAUGGGCCAAGAUGUGAACCAUCAAUUAUCCCUGAGCUCUCUGUGGCUGAGACGAUCAUGACAAAACUGGUUGUCACCCUAAAUAUGGAAGGUGAUCGUUCAUGGCCACCAAAGUGUAAUAAAGCCAUUUGCCCCGAGUCAUCGUCAGCUUCAGAGUUUAAACCGGUAAUCAUAAGGCAAUUACAGCUUUGUUUUAUGGUACAUUUGUGUCAAAAAUCAUGCAAGACAACAGCAGAUAUACAGGGUCUAUAACUAGAUUGUGUGGGUUUAUAACAGGCAUGUAUCAGCGGUUUUUUAAGGGUAGAAGAAGGAGAUCACUGCGCACGGGUUUACCUUGUGCAAACCAAAGAAACUUUUUAAACAUGAGUGUUUUUUGUGAUUUGCACAAAAUGAACCCUAAACUGAGCAUGUUCCUGCAUCUUCUCAGCUGUCAGUGUUAUUGAGAAGGUGGUGAGGACGUCUUGUGUGAAGACAGGGCAGAUUAAAGCCACAUCAAAAUCUGCAAGACGGGGGUUUCUCACGUCUGGGGUGUCUGUUUUUAUUCCGAUGCCUUGUCAAUAGGCUGCAGUAGCACUACAAUGGAGCUGCUCUGUUCUCAGACUGAAGCCCUUGUACUUUUGUUUGAUGGUUUAAACCAAAAACAUUCCUUUUUUGUAUUGUUUGUUGUUUCAGCCAUUUUAAAAGGCAGGCUAUGCUCCUGUGCCAUACCAUUUUCACAUGUAUGUAUGUAUGUUCGUAUGUAUGUAUGUAUGUAUACCGUGCAUUGUUUGAAUGCUAUAUUUAACAGCUUUCCUCGUUCUCCUCAAAGGAACCAAAACAAACUUUUUUUUCACCACCUUAAAGGCAAGAAAAACAAACUUGGUAUGUUUUUAUCUACUAUAGCAGACACUACACAGACUCGAUUCUUUUCUUUUCUCAAGUAUCUUGCACUUAACACAUGUAGCAAUACCUACAGGAUGGGGCAAUUGUGUAAUUCAACAGUAUUUGUUUAAGUGGAAUAUGACAUUUUAUUUCUAGAUAUUGUUUGACUUUGUAUUAAAAUAUAUACUGUACAGAUUCAAAAGUAUAUUAUGACAAAAAAAAAACUUUUAGAAAAAUAUUUAUUUUUACUGUUUUGUAAUAUAGACACAAUACUGUAGCUCCUCUAUUGCCAGACUUACUGGAAGUGCCUCUCGAUAAUGUAUUACAAAGUAACUAUACAAUAUAUUGGGAUUAUUAGAACAUGUCACUAGCAGAACAGUGUUGAUGUUGUAAUGUGAAUAUUGUUGAAUAAUAAGAUUUAUAAAUGCUGCAAAUGUGUCUGUCUCGUUGUUUUUUUCUCGAGGAGCUUGUGAAGAAAUCUGAGAUCUGCUCUGAGAAAAUAUCAUUCAUAAUUGUGGCUUUUUCUAUAUGUGCAGAUGCUUUUAAGAUGAAUAAUGCUGAUAGGUAUUUAUGUUUACCCGACUUGGCUGAAUCUUUAUCUAAUGGAAGUGUAACCAGCUGCAGCACAGUAACUGUAUUCUAUACAUGCAUUCACACCGUCCAAGAGGGGAGGUGCAGCUCCGCCGUGCACACCUCCAGCUCUGUCUAUCAAGGGCAAAAACAGAUGGGCUGUUUAUAGUCUGUUAUGUACCUGGAUCGCAUGUCAGAGGAAUGUUAGGGUUGAGUUAUAACACAGAAAGAACAUGUAAACUUCCCA